UCAAGACCCUUAAGUAUCUGCGCUCUUUAGAUUUGUAGGGCGUGCUGACAGUUCCACCUGCGGCGACAGCUGGGCCUGCCCGGGGCAAGCGCAGAGCGGGCCAGUCGGCCCUCCCGGAGGCGCUGGGCCCGGGUGCGGAGGCCUUAGCUGCGCAGCGAGGGCAGAGCGGCAGCUUCAGAUGCUGCCACGGCUGUCGGAAACGUCCCCUGCCGGGUAGCAACACCCGGGCCGGGGCGGCUCCCGCGGGCGCCUUCGUCUUCCGCGCUCUGCGGCUCUCUUGGUGGUCUGCUCUUCACCCCGCGAGCCCGGCCGAGGGUGGGAGAAGCGUGUGGCCCGCCGCUCCGCCCGCAGCCAUGGAGGCCGGGCCGCCGGGCAGCUCCAGGCCCACGGAGCUGGGUCCUUGCCUGAGCGGUCAGCGAGGCGCGGACCAAGCGGCUUCCGCCUCACUGCAGAGCGCGGCUCGGGCCCAGCUCGGGCGCCACCCGCUCGCCGUGGCUGCGGUGUUGCCGGCCGGGGGGUGCGGGGAGAGGAUGGGUGUCCCCACCCCGAAGCAAUUCUGCCCCAUCCUGGAGAGGCCGCUCAUCAGCUACACCCUGCAGGCCCUGGAGAGAGUAUUUUGGAUAAAGGACAUUGUUGUGGUAGUAACUGGAGAGAACAUGGAAGUAAUGAAAAGUAUUAUUCAGAAGUAUCAGCAUAAACGCAUCUCACUGGUCGAAGCUGGAGUGACCCGCCACAGGUCAAUUUUCAAUGGACUAAAAGCACUGGCAGAAGAUCAGCUCAACUGUAAACUCUCUAAGCCAGAAAUAGUGAUUAUCCACGAUGCUGUGAGGCCAUUUGUUGAGGAAGAUAUCCUCCUUAAAGUUGUCACAGCUGCUAAGGAACAUGGGGCAGCAGGAGCCAUUCGACCUCUUGUAUCUACUGUCAUUAGCCCAUCUGCUGAUGGUUGCUUAGACCACUCGCUAGAACGUGCAAGACACCGAGCAAGUGAAAUGCCUCAGGCUUUUCUAUUUGACGUGAUUUAUGAAGCAUAUCAGCAGUGUAGUGACUAUGACUUGGAAUUUGGAACUGAGUGUUUGCAGUUGGCCCUAAAAUACUGUUGCACUAAAGCCAAACUUGUAGAAGGAUCACCUGACCUCUGGAAGGUGACCUACAAACGUGAUCUGUAUGCGGCUGAAUCGAUUGUUAAGGAGAGAAUUUCCCAAGAGGUUUGUGUAAUUACAGAUACAAAGGAAGAUAAUAAACAUGUAAGUCAUCUUCUUGAAGAAGUGCUAAAAAGUGAAUUAAAUCAUGUAAAAGUCACAUCUGAGGCUCUGUGUCAUGCUGGCAGAGAUCUUCAGCAAAUCAUCCUAGAUCAGUGCUACAAUUUUGUUUGUGUGAAUGUUAUGACUUCUGAUCUUCAAGAAACCCAGAAGUUACUGAGCAUACUUGAAGAAAGUCAUCUUUCCAUUUUAUAUCCUGUUGUUGUUGUUUCAGUUCAUUUUCUUGAUUUUAAAUUAGUACCUCCCAGUCAGAAAAUGGAAAACCUAAUGCAGAUUAGAGAAUUUGCAAAGGAAGUAAAAAAAAGAAAUAUUUGGUUAUGUGGCCUUCUCAUAUCUUACCCACAGGUUGAAGCAGGAGUGGCCACAAACAAACCUCUCGAACACUGAACAGGGAAGGAAGUGGUGAUUUAUUUGCCCGGGAGCUGUGGAAGGUGAAAAUACCUUAACAACCAAGCUCCUCAACAAAGAAAAUUCUUGCCCUUUCAAAGUUUUACAGUUCUAGAAAUUACAUGUGAAAGGGUCUUGAUCCAUGAAGUAGGCGUGGGGUACAUGACUAGGUGGGGGUUUGAUCGUGUUUAAGCCAAAAUAAUGCCUUCCAGAAAGAUUGCUUCAUACCAUGCCUGUGAUCUACAGGAGUGUGAUUAAGGGUAGCACCUGGUCUGCCAGCCUUUACUUCUCCUAUUGAAAUGCAAUGUAGAAGUCUAGGGGGAAGGGGUUUUAGAAGCUUGAGAGGAUUAAGGGUCUCCUUCCUCAGGUAAGUAUGUUUAAUUUUAUAUUAAGUAUUAAAUGUUCUGAUCCUCGUAAAAUUUUACCAUUGGUAUUUUCAAUUUUAGUGAUAUCAGCCAAAAUAUAUAAAAAAUGAGAUUCAUGGCUAUUUGCUUGAAGAAUUCCUUCAAAGUUGGAGGAAUGAAUCCUAAGUAAAGAAAAUAAUACCCAGUGAAUUGGCCCUGUUUUCAUUAGAAGGGAUAAGCACACAAAGAAGUAGUGUCUUAAGAUAUUUUUGUCUGGCUUCAGCAAAAGCAGUACUGUUUCUUUGAUUUGUAAAGACUUUUAUAUAUAUGCCUGUGUAUACAUAUAUAUAUAUAUAUAUACACACACAAACAUACAUAUAAAAUUGACAUUUAAUCCCUUUUAUUGUUUGUGGUAUUUAUACUUAACUAUUUGAUAUCUUCCCAAGCUUAUAUGAGCAGCAACUUAAAAUAUGGUGAAAUUAUUUUCUUAAUGUUCAUAUUAUUUAAACUAUGGGAGACCGAGCGCAUGUGUGCAUCACUAAUGUAAAUGUAGACUUGUUUAUUGAAGCAAAUUUACCUGAGAAGUAAUUUAUGUAAAAUGUUAAUUUCACAAGUUUUUAAUAAGAAGUUUAUGAAAAAGCCCUUAGUUAACUAAUUUUAGAGGAAUUGUUUUCUUAAAUAUAAGGUCAAUAUAAAAUAUAUACUACAAAUAUUAAUUAAAGUUAAAUAAUAUCACAGUAGUAUGAUCGAGACCAUCCUGGUCAACAUGGUGAAACCCCGUCUCUACUAAAAAUACAAAAAAUUAGCUGGGCAAGGUGGCACGUGCCUGUAAUCCCAGCUACUCAGGAGGCUGGGGCAGCAGAAUUGCCUGAACCCAGGACGUGGAGGUUGCGGUGAGCCGAGAUCGCACCAUUGCACUCCAGCCUGGGUGACAAGAGCGAAACUCCAUCUCAAAAAUAAAAAAAGACUUAGGAAAACAAGUGUAGAGAAAUGUUCAAGAUUUGUGUACUUAAAAGUGCAAAAUAGGGCCGGGCUCGGUGGCUCACGCCUGUAAUCCCAGCACUUUGGGAGGCCGAGGCGGGUGGAUCACGAGGUCAAGAGAUCGAGACCAUCCUGGUCAACAUGGUGAAACCCUGUCUCUACUAAAGAUACAAAAAAUUAGCUGGGCAUAAUGCCUGUAAUCCUAGCUACUCAGAAGGCUGAGGCAGGAGAAUUGCUUGAACCCAGGAGGCGGAGGUUGUGGUGAGCCGAGAUUGCGCCAUUGCACUCCAGCCUGGGUAACAAGAGUGAAACUCCGUCUCAAAAAAAAACAAAAAGUGUAAAAUAUCAGUGAGAGGAAUUAAAUAACACCUAAAUGAAUGGAUAUGUAUAUCAUGUUCAUGGAUUGACAAGACAACAGUUCUCCACCGAAUGAGCUGUAACUCAAUGCAAUCCUAAUUAUAAUGCCAACAGGCAUUUAUUUUUGAAAAUGGCAAGCUGAUUCUCAAAUUUGCAUGGAAAUGCAAAAUAGAUGUAAUUUGUAAAAGAAUGACAAAGUUAGAUGGCUCAUACCAAUUGAUUUAAAAUUUUGUAAGGCUACAGAAUAAAGAUUGUGUAGAAUUGGUGUGAGAAAAAUAAGUAGAGAAAUUGAAGCAGUCUAGAAAUAGAGCCAUACAUAUUUAGACAACUGGUUUUUUGACAAAGGUGUCAAGGUGAUUCAAUAAGAAAAGGAACGUCAUUUCAGCAAAUUAUUAUACAAUUGGAAACAUUUGUUAGAGAGUAUUGAGCUUCAAUCUCUACCUGUCAUCUAAUGCAAAAGUAAACUCGAUGAUCAGAAAUAUAAAUAUUAAGGUUAAACUAAGAUGCAGACAUACAACAACGAAGUUGAAUCUUUGAUGGAAAACAUUCAGCAAUGGAAACCAUUUAUGACGGAUUUUGUACUGUACUAUUUGUACUGUGUACUGUAUUAUUCGUCUAAUGACUUCUUUUGCUCUGGUAGAUACCCAGGAGUCGGGUUUCUGGUUUAAAUGGUAGAUCUGCUUUUCAAAGAACCAGCUAUCUUACCCUCAUAGUGUAAAGCAGAGGUUUGCCUGGUAUGUUCUAGAGUGAAGACCUUUUAACCUAAUUAACACCUAAAUAAAUGGAUAUGUAUAUAAUGUUCAUGGAUUGACAAGAUGACAGUUCUCCUAUCCCCUAAAUUUGACAGUUCACCAAUCACCUAAGUAGGUGAUAGGGUGAAAUGACUUUCAUUGUACAGUUUAUACUGUAUUAUUCCUUUUCUUUUUAGAAUCUGAAGUUCUAGAACAGGCAAAACUAAGGUAAUAGAAAUCAGAACAGUGGAAAAGGUCAAGAGAGAUUAUGGAAAUGUUGCACAUAUGAAUGAGGAUGGCGGGUAUACAGUUGUAUGUAUUUGUCACAACUCAUUAAGCUUUACACUUGAAAUGUGCAGUUGGUAGUGUCAUUUAUACCUCAGUAGAAACUAACUUUCUUAAGAAAUCACAUCAGAUCGUGCAUGUUAUCUGUUCAUCUCUAAGUCCGCAUGUUGCUAACAUUGCUUUUUACAACUUAGGCUGCCUCAGAACCUUAUGUAUCACUCAGGGUUCUCCAGAGACAUAGAACCAAUAGAAUAUAUAUAUUUUGAACAGAUGAACUGUCAUAUCCACUCAAACAGUAAGCAUCUAGCUGAGAGAGGAUCCCUCUAUUCUUUUACCUUAUUACUCGCACCAUUCCCAUGUGGAAAAGUUACAAGUACAAUUACAUAAAUUUCAAAAUUAUCAUUGGAUUUCAUUUUCUAAUGGUAAAUCCACUUGUUUUUUGAACCACUAUGAACUGAGGAGGGGAGACUUCAUUUUUGUUGUACAGAAGGAUAAGACAUGGAAUGAUUUGUUAAAGAUUAAGUUGUUUAAAAUAUAUUCACUAUGCCAGGCAUCCUUUUAGAAGCUUGGACUGCACCAGUGAACAAAUCAUACAGUCUCUGUUCUUGUACAUCUUGCAUUCUGUAAGUGGGAGACAGAGUUAAAAUAGUACAAAAGAGAAUUAAAUGGUAAGAUAAUUAUCCUGAUAACUUGUAGAGGGGAAAAUAAAAUGAAAUAAGGUCAGGGAGGAGGCAUUGCAGAUCCCAGGUGUGGAUUUGCCGCAUUAGGAAGAUGGCAUUUAGCCAAAUGCUGGGAGCGGAGGGAAAUAGCUUUGUAGAUAUCUUGGGGCAGCACAUUUCACUAAAGGAAGCAACCAGUGCAAAGUCCCAAAGCCCAGUGUAACUAAGACUAGUACUCUGAUAUUCACUAGUUAAUUCUUGUAGCAAAUAAGUAUUGAGCAUGCUCUGUGCAAGUAUACUGCUGACCUUUGGAGCUACAACAAUGAAAACACAGUGCUGGGGCAAUUCUUAUUUCCUUCCUUUUUCCCCUUAGGAGUGUUUUCUAAACCAUGAGCCACACCACCGCUAUCAAAGUCUGCAAAUCUAUUUUACUCUAGGAAUUUUCUGUAAGGAAGAAAUAAUUAUCUUCAAAUAUAUAGGUGUUAUAACUGAUGAUGAUAAUUUAAAGGUAUUUUUAAAUUCAUAAUUAUGCACUUUUCAAUUGACAAAUACUGAAAAUUCAGCUUAGUGGUAUAGUCUAUGAGCAUUUCAAAAGUUGAAAGGGUCUUCAUUCUAGGACAUACGGGGUAAACCUCGGCUUUACCCCAUGAGAGUAAGAUUGCUGCUGCUUCUAAACGUAGAUCUACCAUUUAAUCCAGAAAUCCCACUCCUGGGUAUCUACUCAGAGCAAAAGAAGUUAUACGAAAAAGAUACAUACACAUACCAUGGAAUACUGCUCGGCCAUAGAAAGGAACAAAUUAAUGGCAUUCACAGCAACCUGGAUGAAGUUGGAGACCAUUAUUCUAAGUGAAGUAACUCAGGAAUGGAAAACUAAAUGCCAUUUGUUUUCACUCAUAAGUGGGAGCUAAGCUGGGAGGAUGCAGAGGCACAAAAAUCAUACAAUGAACUUUGGGGACUUGGGGAAAAGGGUGGGAGGGGAGUGAGGGAUAAAGACUACCCAUUGGUUGCAGUGUACACUGCUUGGGUGCUGGGUGCACCAAAAUCUCAGAAGUAACCCACCACUAACGCACUUACUCUACCUGUUCCAAACUCUCCUUUCUGCUAAAAAAGCUAUUGAAAAGAAAUUACCAGUUACAAAAGCCACACUAAAAUGUGCUCUAAGGAAGAUCCUAGAAAACUUGAGGAGGAAUAGCAUAAUUAGACCUGUGUUGUUUAAAAGCUUACAUUUUAUUUUCAGUUAUGCAGCAAAGCCAAAUGGAAUAAAUCUAUUGAGUAAUGCUUACCAUUUCAUUAUAGUUAUUUUUUUCAUUUUGUAACAUGAUGACCUAAUCUAACGUACUUAAUUUGUUUGUUCCUAUUACCAAAAAUGGAUUCAAGUCCCAAUUUUUCUGCAUUGCACAUAAAUAAAGCAGUGUUUUUAAAUUAACUGUCUUCUAUUAAAAGUUAGCAAUUGAAAAUAGCUUUCUAGUUUAGCUCUGCCUGGACAACUUCAGAUGAACUUUGGGAACAAUUAAGACAGACACUUGUGAAGCUCUAUGCACAUGCUAGUAGAUGGACAUCUGGUUUAUGUGUCUGCAAGCUGGUUUGACAUUUAUAAGUUUGGAUGAAUUUUCAUUGUAGCCUUAUGUUUGAAAGUGUAGCCUUUUGUGUUUGAAGUUUUAAUUUUGAUCUUGAUAAGACUGUGGUGGACCAAAGAGUUAUUGUAUGAGAGAUUUCAAAAUAUUUACUAUCAGUAAAGGUCCCUGUAUUCUUAUAUAAUACUGAAUUGUUUUCGAGUUGAGAUAAAUAGUUGUUAUGAGAAUUGAGAAAAAGAAAAAUGGGUGUCAACAUAUUUAGAUUUAGAAGAGUAAAGCAGUUACAUAUUUAUAAAGGAUUUCUCAAACCUGUAUUUACCUUGGAUAUUUUCAAUUGGGGUUCUCCAUGUGGUCUGUAUUUUAUUUCUGUACAAUAGUCUUUCCCGCUCAGAAGAACCUCUGUGAUUAUUCCUAGUGUCUAAAUCAUUUCUUAAUGCUAACUAAAUACACAUUCUCAAUGAAUUAUCCUUGAUCAUGAUCUAUUUUGAUCUUUGAUGUUGCUGACAGGCAGAAUAACAAUAUGAAAUUAUAACAAUUGUAGUUAAUCUGUGUGGUACUUGGCAACGUCAUGAAUAUUCAUUCUUUGGUAAGACAGCCCCUUCGGCUUUGUUACUCAUUCAGACUUUCCAUGCAUGUGGCUCUGUGGUAGCUUUUGCUUGAACAUAUAGAUGCUUGUUGGCUAAUGGCUUCUCACUUUACAGAUGGUAAAUAUGCAGCCAUAACUUUUCUGAUGAUAUUGCCAUCUGGGUAGAAAUCACUGUACAUUCUGAAUUUUUCUUGUGUCCUUUUUACCUCUGUGAAUAUCACAUGAGAUAGGAUCACAGCAAAAUGGCUCUGCUGUGCUCAACCCAGUUCUGUGAUGCCUCAGAUUUCUAGAGUGCAGUGAUUUAAUUCAUGCUUAAGGGAUUACUUCCCUUGUUAAUAUACCAGUAGCUAAUGAGGAUUGUGAGAUAGCCUUAGUCACACUCUUGCUGAGAUUUAUUCUAGUCCUGAUGAUUUGUAACAGAGAGAGGAAAUUGGAACCUUUGAAAUUUGCAUGAGUUUCUUUUUUUUAAUGUGUGUUUAUAUGUGCCAGAGUCUUGAGAGACAGUGAAUGAUGUUAUAACAUACUAAAUGCUUACAUGAGUGUGGAUCAUCCUUAUCUGCAUUUAAGUUACCUUUUUUCUCUUACGUUUUUGUUAUUUUCAAUUAUUCUGACUAGAAGAGCUGCAAAUAGCACUUUUUGUAUUUUGGAACUUGUUAAGCAACUUCUCAAGGAGCUAGAGACUUGCUGUAUACUAGUCAAUUAUUUAUAUUAAUAAAAUACAUUUGUAUUGGAACUAUGACAGAAUUCCUAUGUUACUCUUCAAAUUGUUAUUGUAUAUGUAAAUUUCUUUUGAAAGCCACAUGAAAGUAAAUACAUUUAAUAUGCAUUAUACUGCUUUUGAAAAGUUGGGUUGUUGAUGAGUAUUAUUUACUGAGGGCCUACUGUGUUCCUGCAAUGAAUUGAGUUCUCUAGGUUUACCUGAUACUAUGCUUACAGUGAACCUGUUGGGGUAUUAUUAUUUUAUAGGUGAGAAAAAAGGAGGCUCUGAGAGUUUCUGUAAUAUGUCCAAUGUCACACUGCUAGCAGAGGCAGACACUGAAUAGAAUCCUGGGCCAGUCUGUUAUCUAAGUAUUUAAUAUUAAGAACUACAAUACUAUAUGAUGCAUUGCUUAAAAAUACUUUCCAAAUAGUUGUGCAACUAUUUCCAGCAGUAAUUAUGACUUGAAACCAUAUUGCUUUCUUUCUUAUUGAACAAUGUAUUUAAUAGUUAUCUAUUUAAUGUUCUCCCUCACCUCAUCUCUUUGCUCACACCAUACAUUUGUUCUCAUGGUCCUGAUUAUGAAAUAGGACAAAAUUAUUUAGGGAUUGAAAUAAAGACUUUACCCAAAUUCAUACAGACUGUCCUGGCAUUGGCUCAGUUCUUCAUUUAACUAAGACUGGAAACUAGAUCACCUUGCAGCCUGGAACACUCUUCCUGGAUGUUAGCACUGCUAAUCUUUAAGGAUUUUUUUUUGUCUUGAGUGUAAUUCUGUUUCAGCCACACAAAUCUCUAGACUCGUUACCUAAUUCCUGCUUCUGCUUCACUAAAGCAGAUUUGCCUUCCCAUCAUCUCAAAUCCAUGGCUCCUCUUCAUCAACUCCCUUUUUCUCAAGGAAUUACUUAAUUCUUACAAAUCCCAUAUUCCCUCAAAACUACCAAACUGAGUUGGAUUUACAAAGUCACAUUCAUUUCUCUUCAUAGGAAGCCUUUGAUGUUUUUCUUUUACUACAUUUGUAUUUCCUUCAGGGCAUUUAUAAUUGUGCUAUACACAUUGUUGAUACAUGGUCUUUGUUGAGCAACUCCUAAGAGUAGUAGCCUUGGAUCUAUUAUGGUUAACAGAAAAAUUAAGUAGAAAAAAUAUUUUAUUGACAAGCAGAAGUUAGACUUGAAAAGGAUUCAGAAAAAUGUCCCAGUUCCUUUAUUUUCUCUGUUAUAAUACUUGCGCUAGUAUGGAUUAUUGAAAUGCUAAGAAAAUGUCAUUUUUUCUAAACUAAACAGGAAACUAUAAAUAUAUUGGUCAAUAUCCAGAAAUACUUAAGUUUUAGGAGCAGAAAAUUCCCUAGAAAUUUGUCUAGAGACUGAGUGUAUGUUUUCAGUGUACCAUGACUAAUUAAAUGCAUAUGAAUAGAACAGACAGGAACAACACAGUAUAUAUGUUUAAUGGGCCUAAGUAUUUUUAUAAGCAAUGAUUUAGGUAUCAUGUGGGAAAUACUUGAAAAAAGAAAACCUUAUUUUUGUUGUUUCCGUUUUUAGUGAACAUUGGAUACUAAAAAUAUUUUUCAUGAACCAUACAUGAUGAGACAAUAAAAAUUAUUAAAGUGGAGGCUGUGAAUCUGAAAAAGGAACUUUCACUUAAAUACUUAAUUUUCAUCUUUGCACAUGAGCAAAAAUUAAAUUAUAUGCCUAAAGUAUGAAUGUUCAUCUUAGAUCUUGUCUGAUUCUUUCAGGCAUCUUUCAGUGUAGAUUAAACAUUGUUAAAUGCAUUGAAUCCAUGGAUGGUGGGACAAAAUCCUCUCCUUGAUAUUUUCCUUCUGUAAGUUUUCUAGAUUUUGUUCUGUUUUAUCAGCUGUGUAACUUUGGGAAGUCUGGGAGCAAAUUCUGUUAUUGAGCUUAUUAAAAAAUCAGGACUCAAGCUAUUUAAUACAUAUAAAUGAUAUAGUACCAAAUCCCAAGGCUAAGACUUCUUUUUGAUAGUCUAUUAUUUUUAUUUGACUAAGUAGCCUGUUAUUUUUAACAUUUAUUUUUCUCAAAAACUAAUUAUGUCAACCAGUAAAUUCUUUUCAAUCCUAUUUCCCUUCUAUCUUACUCACUUUAGGCUGCUAUAACAAAUUUCCGUAGAUUGGGUGGCUUAUAAACAGGAAAAAUUUAUCUCUCACAGUUGUGGAGGCUGGAUGUUCAAGAUCAGUGUGCCAAAAUGGUUGGAUUCUGGUCAGGGCCUUCUUCCAGGUUGCUAAGACUGACUUCGUAUACACGUACAUGGCAGAAAACAGCUAGCUAGCACUCUGGCCUCUUACAAGGGUACUAGUUUCCCUUAUAGGAAGGCCAGGGGGACUCUUCCCUUCUGAUUUAAUUACCUUCCAAAAGACCCAUCUCCAAAUACCAUAGGAUUUAGCUGAUCGCUAAUACAUUGGGAUUAUGGUUUCAGUAUUUGAACUGGGUAUGAGAAGCACAUACAUUCAGGCCUUAAAAUCCUCCAAAGAAAAUAACUGUUGACCUUUUAGUGGAUAUGUACCUAGAUAAAUUUACUUGGAUUAUCAAAUCUGUCUAUAUAUGUAUAUAUACAUAUGGAUUUUUGUGUCCCGGAGGACUUUACAUGCCAGUUUAUCUAAAUUUAUCAUUUAUCUUAACUGUUGUAAACUAUUAUGUGGUCUAUUGGUGCUUCUUUGAACUUUAAGAUGUGUGAAUAUGUACAGUCAUGUUCAUGUACAUUUAUUUCUGCAAAAGAGAAAUCUAAGAAGUGGAAUUCUUAGGUUAAAUAACAUACACAUUAUUUUACAGUUCCCUCCUUACUCAUUUCUAUCAUAGUAUGUCAUUAUUUUGACUGCCACCUCUUUUCCUUGUUUACUUUUCCAGUCAGUGCCUCCUAGCCAUGCUACUAUACGAAUACAGUGGUAUUCUGUUAGAAUUUGAUACCAAGAAAAUUUAUUUUUGCUUGACUUUCAACCCCUAGUGGAAUAUAAAAAACAUAUUUCAAGUGGUUCAUGUAUUGCCAUUACUAGUACUCUCUUAAUCAACUGACUUGAGACAAAACUAAAGAAACGGUCAUCCACGGUGUACAUUUGCUUAUCCAGAUUAGGAGAAGCCAGGCAGGAGCCAAAUACAGAAACACUGGAAAUUUCUUUAUAUUCCUAUUGCCACCACCAUUGUUACACCUUGUUAUAAUUAGACUACGAUAAACAUGAAGGUAUGGAUUAAUAAAAUGAGCCAUGGUGAUAUGGUUUGGCUGCGUCCACCCAAAUCUCGUCUUGAAUUGUCACAUGUUGUGGGAGGGUCCUGGUGGGAGAUAAUUGAAUCAUGGGGGUAGUUCCCCCCAUACUUUUCUCAUGGUAGUAAAUAAUUCCCAUGAGAUCUGAAUGGUUUUAUAAAGGUGAGUUUCCCUGCACAAGCUCUCUUUUCUGCCUCCAUGUGAAACAUGCCUUUCACUUUCUUCCAUGAUUGUGAGUCCUCCCUAGCCAUGUGGAAAUAUAAGUCCAAUUAAACCUCUUUCUUUUGUAAAUUGCUGAGUCUCGGGUAUGUAUUUAUUAGCAGCAUGUAAAUGGACUAAUACACAUGGAGAGAUAUGUCUGUCUUAAAAUAGUCUGUGGUACCUAGAACCAGUUAUUUUGAUUUUGACAGUCUAUCCCAUUUACAUUUUUCUAAGUGUAAAGAAUCACAUGCACAAAAAUUCCCAACCCUAGAAUGUAUUCUGUGUCUGACUUCUGUUAUGUGAGCCAAGAUAUUUCCUUCUUGUAGAAUUAUUUGAAGAAUAUUUGUUCUUUUCAGCCAAGUACACUCUUUUGGUAUAACAUUUGGUUUAUGCCAUGCAGUGCUGCCACAAAAGGUUCUGAAAUGUAUUUGAAUGAAUGGAGGAGCUGGGGAAUACAGCAGUGAAACCUCACUCUUCAGGCUGGGAUGUACGUGAUCCUUCAUAACUGAUAUUAAAAAAAAAAAAGGAAAACUUAUUUGUUGUGCCUUUGGAUAUUUACCUUGUGCCUAUAGAUUCUGAAACAUUAGAGGAAAUUCUGGGGAAAGGUAACAAAACUGGACUGUGUUCACUUUUAUUUGCAGGAUGCAAUAAAGAAACCUAGGUGCAAAGCGACUUAUUUGAAAACUGAGAGAAAAAAAAUCUACAUGGAAGGAGAGUCUGAUGAUUUAAAACUUGGGCUAUCCAGGAAUAUAUUCUCUUCCCAAACCAGGAAGUCUGAAGUUUCCCUGGCUAGGAGCAUCACCUAUGAUUUGAAACAUUUAGCAUUAGAACAGUUUAAUUUUGUGCCUUAAACUAAAAUUAGUUCUGGCAAUGGUCAUUGAAUUGGGUAUGUUUUUAGGAGAUAAGUUUGGGAAAAGACCAAACCUAACCUUUUUCGCUUCUCUUACAUACCUUCCUUUGAGCAUCCUGUGUUCCAUCUAAGGGGCAGAACUGUAUGUGAUAAAUUCAAUUUGGGGUCAUCUUCUCAAUUGCCCAUGGCACAGGCCAUUACACGGAGGAUGGUAGAAUAGAUAAGAUUACAACUCUGUGCCUGUGAAACACUAGAGUAUCCAGAGUCCUAGAAGGACUCUAAAGCAACUCACUAAAGUUACAAGGCCAUAGAUUUGACUAGAUUCAGACACAAUAGAAGCAUCCUGAAUUUUUAUGAGAAACCUGUAUCCAUAGAAAUGGUAAUCCUGGCAACAGUCUGAGACUGUUCAAUCCCUAAGGCAAGUUCUCAGGCUUUCCACUACAGACAAAAUGAGCUGAUAACUGCAUGGCUCCCAGAAAAGGCAUUCUCCACAAUACUCUUCUCAGUAUGGCCAUGGAGGAAAAUGAGCAAGAGAAAGCCGUUCAGAAAGCAGAAACUUUGGCUAUCCAGAAACAUGUUUUCUUCCCAAACAUGGAAACCAUCAGUUUCUCUUGCUAGCAGCAUUGACUUAUGAGAGAGGUAUGGGCCAGGGAUGACUUUGGAUUGCUUUUCAUUUGCCCCUUUUCUGGCAUCAUUGUUGCCAUGGUUGACGUUGUGUUUUUUCUCUACCACUGAUUGACGUGAAUGUGAAGAGAUACCUACCUUACUAUUUAGUUACAGACCCCAGAUCUUUGAGAUGAGAAACUGGUGCUCUAACUGUAAAGAACUUGAAGUUUGAAAUAGAUGUAAUCAUUUUUAGACAUGAGUCAGCCCUUGUGAUUUAGUAUUUUCUGUUACUCAAAACAUAAAGACUUUUCUUUUAUAGAUAGACUUUUCUUGGGCCUUUGCUUAAUUGCAAUUUUGUUACUUCACCAACUCAAAGUCAUUGGCAUAGUCUAAGAGGGCACACUCAAAGUGGAGAGGCCUAGGUUAGGUAAAAGAAAUCCAAAAAGGUAAGAUGAUGACAAACUUGGCAUAAGUCACAGUUAAACUUUGGGUGGAUUCUAACUGACUAAAAUUGCUGUGGGUGAGCAGUGCCUUGAAGUGAAAAUUGGGGAGCCAGCUGAUAACUUGGUUAUGAAGAAAACAAAUACAUUUCUUUGGGCCCUAGUUGCUCUUAUUAAAAUGAGAGGAUUGUGUCGAUGCUCUGUACAGUUCCAUCUAGGUUCCUGGUUCUUAAAUUAUUUUGUUCAGGUUAAAACUGGAGUUUUGCUUGGGAUAAUUUAUAAAAUACUUCAUUUAUUUAACACUUUGGAUAGAAAAGCCCUUUGUAAUAAUGGAAUGAGAUGUUAUUUUUGCAUGUUCUUGAAAUUAUGUUUGCAAACUAUAGUGACUGUAUUUUUGUGAUUUAAAAAAAUUAUUUUCUGUUAAAUAAGGGAUUUUACUAUGGCUUAUUUACCAGCAUCCCCAACCCUCCCCAAAUUUAUAAUAAACCUUUUUAUAUUCCAUAAACUUUACUAAUUAGAAUUGUUAGUAAAAUUAUUAAUAUUAAAAUUAUAGUUGAUACAGUUUCUCUAGGAUAAAAUAUUUUUUAUCCCUAUUAAUACUGCCUAGCAUGAAUUAGUUGGGUAGUUACAGAACAAUGUUAAGCAAUAUAUUUCAGGCAGAUGCAGAGAUAUUUUGUAAAGCAAAUGCAAAGUAUGUAUUACAAAUAUUUUUAUGUAUUGCUAAACAUUAAAUAUUUACCUACCUUUUUAGCAAUUAUAUGUUAGGUUUACAGAUUUAACAAUAAAUAUUGAUGAUACAGUUACAAUGGUUCUGCUGCUUAUUAGAGGCUAAUUACAUUGUUUAUAUGUAUAUAUAUGAACUAUAUAUGAAAUAGCUUAAAAAUCUGUAACUCAUUUACUGUUAAAAGGUUGUACUUAAGAAACAACUUAUAAUUGUUGAAGAAUAUAGUACUUUUUUAUUUUCUUAUAUUCAGUAUUUGUAAUAUUACAAUAUGUUUCUAUUUUAAAGCAUAAAAGUGUCUUAGAGGCUGUUAUAUAUGUGGAGCAUAUUUUGUGAAAUAUCCUUGAAUUAAUUUAAUUACUUAGGCUGUUUUUUAAGUUGAGAAAAGUGCUCUGUUACUUUCCAAGAGAAUGUGAUUUUGUAAAAGAUGUAGUCUGACAGGAUGAUUUGAAUCGUAGCAAUGAAAAUCAUCAAUUGCAUGUCAUUAUGUUUGUGUUUUUGUUUUGGUGCACUUGAUACUACAUCUGUGUUUUCUUUAUGCCUUGAAGCUGGAGAUUUUAUUAAUAAGUCACAUGAAGAAUAACAAAAUUUAAUGAUUUGACCUGUUUAACAUUAUGAAUGUGUUCUUCCACCUUUUGAUUGUGGUUAUAACUAAUGAAUGAUACAAUAGAUUCUAAUUUUAUUAGAAUAUUUUAGUGAACACUGAUUGUGGAUAUGAAUAUAUUUUAAAUUCAUUUGGAAAGGAAGUAUGUUUUCCAGGGUCUAUAAUUAGUAUGUAAUCCUUUUUCCUAAGAAAAAGUCUUAAAUGCAUUUUCUUAAAAUAAUUACCUUGUAUCUCAUUCCAUUGGUACAUAUAAAAUAAAAAUUAUAAUCAUACAGUUGUUUUUUCAUAAUUUUCAAUAGAAUUAAAAUUAGAAUUUUUAAAUUUUGACUGUAGUAGAGAUCAAAACAUUAUCUGGAAAAAAUAUUAUCAAUUUAAAUUCUUCAACUUUAUAUCAUGGCUUUUCUACAAACAUUGUACCUAAAAUUACAGUGAAGCUUUUCUAAUCACGUGUAUCACAUUUGUUUGCCAUUCUGUGAAGCACAAAGUGAGUAAAGAUUUUCAUUUUUAUGUGAAAGCACCAUAGCAAUUUGGAGAUACAAGUUUGGCCAUCUUAGUCAUGUACAGUUUUGAUAUUUUUCAGUAAAAGAUUAGUUUUAUGAAUGUUUUGAUUUUAACUUUCAUUAGAUAACACACAUAGACAUAAUUCCAGUAAGCUAUAUUUGUAUUUUAUGAGGGACUUCUUUCCCUAAAUAUUGACUAUAGAAUUCAUAACUUUGUUUUUCUUGACAAAAAGCUGACUAUAACAGUUAGAGAAUUGGCAUUUCACAGUGAAAGCUCAGUCAAUUACAGAAUAAAGUGGUAGAAAAUAUUGUUAGAUGAAUAUGUUCUAUUAUGUGAUUUUGAAAUUAAUGAAUAACAUAAUGCUUGCCACAUACAUGUAAUGAGAUUAGAGAAAUUAGCAACCAUGUAUGCCUAGAUCAGUAAAACUACCAUUACAUUAUCUAUGAAGGAUAGCAUCUCAUAAAAAACCAUUAAAAAAAACCCACUCAUAUAAUGUAUGUGUUGCCUUUCUUAUAUUGUUAUGUAUUAUAACUCAACAUUUUACCUCCAUCAAGGAAGUUUUGUUACUAAUUAAGAGUUAUGGAAAAUACAGUGUUGUAUAUUUUUAAAAUUGCAUCUGUAUUUCUGGUUCCCAGCUCUCGCUGUAUGUUAGAGUGACCAAAGGGCUUUUAACAAGUACUGAUGCCUGGGUCCCCCCACAAACCAGUUAAAUCAGUCUCUCUGGGUAGGAUUAGGCAAUAGAGUUUGUUUCUAGAAUUCUCCUGGUAACAUACAGCCUGGUUGAAGACAUCUUGUCUCUGUGGUACAAGAAUAUAGACAAAAGUAUCAUCAUAGCAUACCAUUGAAAUAAAAUUUUAUUUAUCUCUGUGGCUUGUAGAGUUCUAACAAGCCUAGCAAAUUGGGAAAAAAAUCUUUUCUUGACUUACAGCCUUAUGAUGUUAUUGCUGAUGCUCAGAAAACAUGGAUUUUUUUUUUAAUUAAAGACAUGUUAAAAUGAAUGUAAUGGGAAAAAAUGUAAUGGAUGCUUCUGCUAUUGCUGGUCAUUCUUUGGAAAAUCAUCUGCUGACAUAAAUGAACAUCAUGAUUCGUUGACUAUAGCUAAGGAAAGACUUCUGCAAACACCCUUAGAUGUCUUUUACUGCAGAAAUGUGUGCCACAGUGUAUUCGUUUUCUGUUGCUGCUGUAACAAAUUACCAAAAACCUAGUGGCUUUAAAAAACAGAUUUAUUAUUUUAUAGUUCUGGGAGGUCACAAGUUCUAAAAGCCAGGAUGUCAGCCAGGUUGCAUUCCUUUUCAAGGCUCUAGGGGAGGAUUCCCUACAUUAUUUUCCUGGUUUCUCAAGGCUACCUGCAUUAUUUUCUUGUGCCACUUUCCUCUGCUGCAAAGUGCAAGACUCCGGUUUCUGCCUCUAUUGUUAUAUCUCUCUCUCUUACCCUUCUACCUCCCUUUUAAGAGGACUUUUGUGAUUAUUUUGGCACCACUCACAUAAACAUAAUCCAGGAUAACCUCCUCAUUUAAAGAUUUUUAACUUAAUCAUAUCCACAAAACUUCUUUUGCUAUACAUGAUAACAUUUUCAUGGGUUCUAGAAUUUGAGCAUGGCCAUCUUUAGGGAGGCUUUAUUUUGUCUACCAUUUGUAAAGUUGAGCUACUUUUUAAAAAUAAAAAUACAGCAUUUAAAAAUUAUCAUAGGAUAGGGUGUCUGUGAAGAAUAGAACAAAAAUAAAUUCAGUGCUAGAUUUUCAGAGAGCAGGACAAUGCAAAAAAUACUUGACGUUAACACUUGUUAAAGAAACUAUAAAAUAUAUGGACACAUUUUAAUUAUGUAAAAAUAUUUUAGUUCAUUCUGUAUUUUCUGAUUGCUUUAUGCAAUUAGAAUUUGAUUUUCCAAAAUAGUGUCUAAUUUGAGAUAAGAUUUAUGUGCUUGAAACACUCCUAAGAUAUACACUGCUUGUUCUAUUUCUUUAUCUCUCCUUGUCUUCAUAUUUCUUGUCAUUAAAUAGGGACUCAACCAAAUUUAUGAGGAUUUGAUACCUAAAUGAUCAAAUGUACUCAGCAUUGUUCACACAGGUAUAGGAACAUAAAGACACAAUAAUUGAUGUUAGUAUCGCAGAUUUAUCUUUUAAAAAUGCUUAUGUAGAGACUAUUAACAUCAGAUUAUUGUCCAGCUUGGUAGAUUUAUGUAUCUUCUGUGUAUUCACUGAAUGUUUUUAUGUAUCCAUACUCUUAAGAUUUUGAGGUAGCUAUAGUGAUAUAAAAAUAAGUCACUGAUAGUCUGCCUUCAACUGAAUAUAUAUAUGCUAUUCAAUGAGAAAACUUAAAAGCAAUGUAAGAGAGAUACAGAGAAAUGAUUUUAGUUCAGAGGAUGAAAUGCUUUUGAUAAUGUAUAAAUACAACAUUUGUUUCUUGAAACUGAACCAACAUGGUUUAUCCCAUCAUUUCUUAGUAAUUCACGUAAUAAUUUGUGUAGGCAUAAAACUUUUCUUUCAUCUUAAUUUUCUACUAGUUCUUUAUUUUAAAUUCUGAAGCUUUACAGACAUAAACCUUCAGAAGUUCUGUGCAACAGCUGUGCUUCAUAUGGUAUUGGAAUCACUGAUAACCCACUUUUACCAAUUUCCAGAUGCCAGCAGAUGAAUCACAGUAAUUGCUGUAUGGUCCUUUGUGGUCUGUCACUUCCAUCUGUCACUUCCAUCUGUCACUGUUCUGCCAUACAUCUAACUGAGCUAGGGCCAAAAUCUUACAAGUAAGCACUCCCCCUCUAAAUUCAGUAUCCAGAACUCUCUAUCAAUCAGGAAAAGACCCAUAAUGGCCUUUAAAAAUAUUCCAGUGUCUUAAAUUCUAGUCAAACUUGCCAUUUGUUCUUUUUUUUCUCCCUUCUUUUAGAUAACAGCCAAGAAAUCUUCAUUAAUCUCUCUAUUGUUUAUACUUUAUUGAAGGUUUCUCCUUCAUCUUGAUUUUCUGGAAAAAAGUUGGUACAGAGGGUGUAGAGAAAGAUACAAGUAGAGUUUGCUUACUAAUUCUGAAGCUUAUAAGAACCGUAGUGGUUAUAGUAGGCUCACAGAAAUUCCAGAGGGAAAAUAGGUAUCCAUUUUGUGGCCUAUGUGAGAAGAUAGGUGGUUUCAUAAAAUGAUAAUGUAUGUAAUUAUUGCUGAUUGCUCCUGUGUACUUCUGUUUGAAAACUAAAACUGUGAAGAAAUAUGUUAAUUAGAAUAUUUUGUUUCUAGAGAAUUAUUUUUUCCACAAUUAAUUGCUUUUGGUAUUAUAACAAGAUGUCUAAGAGAUAGUAAAAGUAAAAAUAAUUUGUCUUGGUAUUUUAGUCAUUUUUCUUCAAACUUUUUAGUUUUGAAUAGUGUUUGGUAGAAACAUAUACAUAUGUUCUUUUGUUCUUUGAGUUACUACAUUUAUUACCUUCAUAUACAUGGAUAUGACCCCCAAGUGAAUAACUCUAGUCCUACCUGAUCAUCUGAUCUCCACAACCUUGACUGUAACUGUUUUACAAAAUUAGGAUUCUGUGUGUUGCAAUGUUUUAAAAAAGUUGAAUUAAACCGGGUGCAGUGGCUCACGCCUAUAAUCCCAGCACUUUGGGAGGCCGAGGCAGGUGGAUCACGAGGUCAAGAGAUUGAGACCAUCCUGGUCAACAAGGUGAAACCCCGUCUCUACUAAAAAUACAAAAAUUAGCUGGGUAUGGUGGUGUGCGCCUGUAGUCCCAGUUACUCGGAGGCUGAGGCAGGAGAAUUGCUUGAACCCAGGAGGCGGAGGUUGCGGUGAGCCAAGAUUGUGCCAUUGCACUCCAGUCUGGGUAACAACAGUGAAACUCUGUCUCAAAAAAAGGUUGAAUUAAUAAAUUUGUAUCAAAUAGGACAUAUUAUACACCUCAUUCCUUUUCAGAUAUUUUAUAUGUAACGCUGUAGUUUUAAAACUUACAUAUAAUAAUCAACCCAUCCAUUUCAUUAGUUUCAACAAAUGUAUUGAGCAACCACCAGCACAACCAGGGUACAAAAUGGUUCCCUUAACUCUGUCGUCAUACUCUUUUUGGUCAUACUUUCUCCCCAUCUCUAAAGUCUGACAACUAUUUAUUUCUUUUCUCUCCUUAUAGUUUUGGCUUUUAAACAAUGUCAUAUAAAUGCAGUGAAACCAUAUGUAACUUACUGAGUUGAGUCUCACUUCUUUCACUUAGCAUAUGUAUUUGAGCUUAAUUCACAUUGCUGUAUAUAUCAAUAGAUUUUUCUUAAUGCUGAAUAAUAAUCUUAUGGAUGCAUCACAUAAUGCUUUACUGAACCCAUAGGAGGAUAUUUUGUUUGUUUCAAGAUUUUGUGACUAUAAAUAACACCUGUAUAGGCAAAGACUCAACAAAAAAGGAAAACUUCAGGCCAAUAUCCAUGAUGAACAUAGAUGCAAAAAUCUUCAAUAAAAUACUGGCAAACCGAUUGCAACAGCACAUCAAAAAGCUUAUCCACUGGCCGGGCGCGGUGGCUCACACCUGUAAUCCGGGCAUGGUGGUGCGUGCCAGUAGUCCCAGCUACUCAGGAGGCUGAGGCAGGAGAAUUGUCUGAACCCAGGUGGUGGAGGUUGCUGUGAGCCGAGAUCAUGCCAUUGCACUCCAGCCUGGAUAAUGAGCGAAACUCUGUCUCAAAAAAAAAAAAAAAGCUUAUCCAUCAUGAUCAAGUAGGCUUCAUCCUGGGGAUGCAAGGCUGGUUCAACAUACGCAAGUCUGUAAACGUUAUCCAUCACAUAAACAGAACCAAAGUCAAAAACCACAUGAUUAUCUCAAUAGAUGCAGAAAAGGCCUUCGACAAAAUUCAACAGCCCUUUAUUGUAAAAACUCUCAAUAAACUAGGUACUAACGGAACAUAUCACAAAAUCAUAAAAGCUGUUUACGACAAACCGACAGCCAGUUAUCAUACUGAACAGGCAAAAACUGGAAGCAUUUCCUUUGAAAUCUGGCACUAGACAAGGAUAUCCUCUCUCACCACUCUUAUUGAGUAUGUUAUUGGAAGUUCAAGCCAGAUAAAUCAGACAAGAAAAAGAAAAGGUAUUCAAUUAGGAAAGGAGGAAGUCAGAUUGUCUCUAUUUGUAGACAACAUGCUUGUAUAUUUAGAAGACCCCAUACUCUCAGCCCCAAAUCUCAUUAAACUGAUAAGAAACUUCAGCAAAGUCUCAGGAUACAAAAGCAAUGUGCAGAAAUCACAAGCAUUUCUAUACAUUGAUAACAGACUUAAAGAGAGACAAAUAUGAGAGAAUUCCCGUUCACAAUUGCUACAAAGAGAAUAAAAUACCUAGGAAUAAAACUAACAAGGAAUGUGAAGGACCUCUUCAAGGAGAACUACAAACCACUGCUCAAUGAAAUAAGAGAGGACACAAACAGAUGGAGAAACAUUCCAUGUUCAUGGUUAGGAAGAAUCAAUAUCAUGAAAAUGGCCAUACUGCCCAAAGUAAUUUACAGACUCAACGCUAUCCCCAUCAAGCUACCAAUGACCUCCUUCACAGAACUGGAAAAAACUACCUAAAAUUUUAUAUGGAACCAAAAGAGAGCCUGCAUAGCCAAGUCAAUUCUAAGGAAAAAGAACAAAGCUAGAGGCAUCACGCUACCAGAAUUUAAACUAUACUACAAGGCUGCAGUAAUCAAAACAGCCUGGUACUGGUACCAAAACAGAGAUAUAGACCAAUGGAACAGAACAGAGGUCUCAGAGGCAACACAAUAUAUGUACAACCAGACGAUCUUUGAUAAACCCAACAAAAACAAGCAAUGGGGAAAGGAUUCCCUGUUUAAUAAAUGGUGUUGGGAAAACUGGCUAGUUAUGUGCAGAAAGCAGAAACUGGACCCCUUCCUGACACCUUACACUAAAAUUAACUCCAAAUUGAUUAAAGGCUUAAACAUAAGACCUAACACCAUAAAAACCCUAGAAGGAAAGCUAGGCAAAAACCAUUCAGGACAUGGUCAUAGGCAAGGACUUCGUGACUGAAACACCAGAAACAUUGGCAACAAAAGCCAAAAUAGACAAAUGGAAUCUAAUUUUACUCCAGAGCUUCUGUACAGUAAAAGAAACAAUUAUUAGAGUGAACUGGCAACCAACAGAAUGGGAAAAAAAUUUUGCAAUGUAGCCAUCUGACAAAGAGCUAAUAUCUAGAAUCUACAAAGAACUAAAACAGAUUUAGAAGAAAAAAAAACGCAUUCAAAAGUGGGUGAAGGAUGUGAACAGACACUUUUCAAAAGAAGACAUAUAUGAGGCCAGCAAACAUGAAAAAGUGCUCAUCACUGGUCAUAAAAAUGCAAAUCAAAACCACAUUGAGAUGCCAUCUCACACCAGUUAGAAUGGCAAUAAUUAAUUCUGGAGACAACAGAUACUGGAGAGGAUGUGGAGAAAAAGGAACAUUUUUACCCUGUUGGAGGGAGUAUAAAUUAGUUCAACUACCGUGGAAGACAAUAUGGUGAUUUCUCAAGGAUCUAGAAAUAGAAAUACCAUUUGACCCAGCAAUACCAUUACUGGGUAUAUACCCAAAGGAUUAUAAAUCAUUCUUUUAUAAAGACACAUGUACAUGGAUGUUCAUUGCAGCACUGUUUACAAGAGCAAAGACCUGGAACCAACCAAAUGCCCAUCAGUGAUUGAUAGACUGGAGAAAGAAAAUGUGGCACAUAAUACACCAUGGAAUACUAUGCAGCCAUAGAAAAUGAUGUAUUUGUGUCCUUUGUAGGGACAUGGAUGAAUCUGGAAACCAUCAUUCUCAGCAAACUGACAAAAGAACAGAAAAUCAAACACCACAUGUUCUCACACAUAGGUGGGCAUUGAACAAUGUGAAUACAUGGACAUAUGGAGGGGAGCAUCACACACUGGGUUCUGGUGGUGGAGAGGGCUAGGGGAGGGACAGCAGCAAUUAGGGAGGUUGGGGAGGGAUAACACAGGGAGAAAUACCAGAUACAGGUGAAGGGGGGAUGGAGGCAGCAAACCACAUUGCAUGUAUGUACCUAUGCAACAAUCUUGCAUGAUCUGCACAUGUACCCCAGAACCUAAAGUACAAUUUAAACAUAAUGAGAAAUACUUGCUUUUUUAAAAGCCUGUAUAAGCAUUCAUGUUCAGGUAUUACAUAUUUUAUAUGAUCAUACAUUUCCAUUUUUCUAGAGUAAGUACUUGGGAAUGUCAGGGGAGAAUAAUAUGAAAAGUACACAUUUAAUGUUAUGAAAAUUUUUUGCCAGAUAUGGUGAAUGCCUGUAGUCCCAGCUACUUCUGGGACUCUCAGCUGAGGUUGAGGACUUGAGUCCAGGAGUUAGAGUACAGUGUGGGCAACACAGUGAGAACCUGUCUCUUAGAAAAAUUACUAAGGUGUUUUACUGUUUUUCAGAAUAUUACUCUUCUGCAUUAUGCUAGAAAUGUAUAAUUGAUAGUUGCUUCCCGCCUACAAUAGCACUUACUGUUCUUGUUUUUAUAUUAGCCAUUCUCAUAGGUGUGUAAUGGCAGCUUAUGUGGUUUCAAUUUUUUCCCCCUAGUUACUAAAGAGAUUGGACAUCUCUUUAUGUCCUUGUUUGCUAUCCAUAUAGCUACUUUGGUGAAUUGCUUUUGCUGGUGUUAGAGUUCAGAGGCACUGGGAUUGAUUAAAAAAAAUUCAAAAAAUUUUAAGUGUAGAUAUCUGUGAAGAAACAAAUUGUUCUCACAGUCCUCUGGUCCUUCAGUGGUUAUAGUCACAGAGAUACAAGAUGGAGAAGAGUGUGAUUCUUUGCAUCUGGCAGUUUUAACUUUUUGAAAGAGAGAGAAAAGGAAUGAAGAAGAGGAAAAAAGAGGAAGAGGAAGAGGAGGAGGGAGAGAGAACGGGAGUGUUUAGUUGCCCAGGCUAGAAUGCAGUCUAAAAAUGGGUAUUGAAAACCUCCCUUAUACCAUCAAUCGUACUUAAUAAUGGCCAACCAAUAUUUCAUUUAAACCUGUGAGUAGGUGUGAUGUGGUACUGAUAAUAGUGCAUAUCUUGUGUGUUUUAAGUGGAGAGUUCUAUAAAUGUUUAUUAAGUUUACUUGUUCUGGAUCUGAGUUCAAGUCCAGGAUAUCCUUAUUAAUUUUCUGUCUCAUUGAUCUAUCUAAUAUUGAUGUUGAAAUCUCCCAUUACUACUGUGUGGGAGUCCAAGUCUCUUUACAAGUCUUAUAUAUCCUGUAUUGGGUGGGUACACAUCCAGGAUCGUCAGCUCUUCUUGUUGCAUUGGUCCUUUUACCAAUAUGUCCUCUUUUGAUCUUUGUUGCUUUAAAAUUCAUUCCAUCAGAGGUGAGAAUGGCAACCUCUUUUAUUUAUUUAUUUAUUUAUUUUUUCUUUCCAUUUGGUUGACAAAUCUUUCUCCAUCCCUUUGUUUUGACUCUUUACGUAUCCUUGCAUGUAAGAUGGGUCAGGAUGCAGCAUACCGAUGGGUUUUGGCUGUAUCUUUUGAUUGGGGGAUUUAGUCAAUUUAAAUUUAAAAUUAUUGCCAUUUGAUAUUAGCUGGCUAUUUUGCCCAAUAGUUGAUAUAAAUUCUUCAUUAUGUUGAUACUCUUUACUUUUUGGUAUAUUUUUAGAAAGGCUAAUACUGGUUGUUCCUUUCUAUGUGUAAUGAAUGCUUCUUUCAGAGGCUCUUGUAAAGCAGGCUGGUGGUAAUGAAAUCUCUGAGUACUUGCUUAUUCACAAAAGAUUUUAUUUUUUCUUCAGUUGUAAAGCUUAGUUUGGCUGGAUGUGAAAUUCUGGGUUGAAUUCUUUUCUUUAAGGAUGUUGAAUAUUGGCCCCCACUCUCUUCUGGCUUGUAGGGUUUCUGUUGAGAGAUCUGCUGUGAGUCUGAUAGGCUUCCCUUUGUUGGUAACCUGGCCUUUCUCUCUGGCUGCCCUUAGUAUUUUCUCCUUUGUUUCAACGCUGGUGAAUCUAAUGAUUAUGUGCUUUGGGGUUGCUUUUCUUGGGGAAUAUCUUUGUGGUGUUCUCUGUAUUACCUGGAGUUGAAUACUGUCCUGCCUUGCUAGGUUGGGAAAGUUUUCCUGAAUAAUAUCCUGAAGAAUAUUUUCCAGCUUGGAUUCAUUCUCUUCAUCGCAUUCAGGUACACCUAUCAAACAUAGAUUAGGUCUUUUCACAUAGUUCCAUAUUUCUUGGAGACUUUGCUCAUUCCUUCUUAUCCUUUCUACUCUAUUCUUGUCUUCUCGUUUUAUUUCAUGAAGUUGAUCUUCGACCUCUGAUAUCCUUUCUUCUGCUUGAUCAAUUCGGCUGUUAAAACUUGUGCAUACUUCGCGAAGUUCUCGUGUUGUAUUUUUCAACUCCAUUAAUUCACUUAUAUUCCUCUCUAUAUUAUCUAUUCUUGUUAGCAUUUCAUCAAACCUUUUUUCAAGGUUCUUAGUUUCUUUGCAUUGGGUUAGAACAAGUUCCUUCAACUCCCAGAAGUUUCUUAUCAUCCACCUUUUGAAGCCUGUCUCUGUUAAUGGAACACAGUCUUUCUCCAUCAGGCCUUGUUCCAUUGCUGAUGAGUAACUGUAGUCCCCUGUAGAGGGAGAGGUGUUCUGAUUUUGGGUAUUCUCAGCCUUUUUAGGCUGAUUUCUUCCCUUCAUUAUAAAUUAAUCCAUCUGUCGUGUUUGUAAAUACUGCCUUUCUAAUUAGGUUUCUGAGUGGACGUCCAAUUUGUUUAUUCCCAGUGCCAGAAUCUGAGCAACCCACUGCGCCGGCUAAAACAGUGGUGUUAAGAUUGAUGGUGCUUUUCUGACUCUGCACCAAAAACUGCUGUGUCAAGGCACCAGCAAAACCGCCGCGCUGGCCACAGGGGUUGCAGUGGCGACCUGUAGGGCUCCUCCGCUGGGAAUUUUCUGGUCCAUGAGCAACAAAAAUUCGCCUAAAACUGUGGCGUCCUCUCGUUUUCUGCACUUUCACUGGGAGCCACAAUCCCGAGCUGCUAACGAUCAGCCAUCUUGGAUCUCUCUCAAUUUUAACUUUUUCAUUAGUGAUGAAGAAUGAGCUAGAAUAAUGCAUGCCCUUAGAGUAAAUAUUCACUCUACUGAAAGAUUUUUUUUAAAAAAGUAAUGUACACAAAAAUGUAGUUAAAAGUGGAAUCACUUUAACUGAAACAGUAUGUUGAGAGAAGGUGACUUUUAAUCUGUUAAUAUUAUACUUAUUUUAAGGUAGAAUACUUUAGAGAGUACUGUGACUUGGGUUUAUAUUAUGUUUAAAGCUGAUCAGUUUAAGUCUUCAAAGUAGCGUGUUCUCAAAUUGUCCAGUUUUAAAACUUUAUGUAUAUUUGCAAAUUAAUUUAUGUAACUUUAAUGUUAAGACUUUGCAUCUAAGAACCAUUUUCACUGCUUUCCAUGGACUGUCUAAAGUGCAGUACAUUUCCACUGGGCCAUAUGAGCCUAUAACCGUGUUUAUUGUUGCUCAGUAAACAACAAAAUCUCUCUCUUCCCUCAGCUGGAGAUGUGAGGUGUAUCUUCUAAUUGGUGAAAAUAAUGUGUGGAAGUAUUUGCAGUUUAGUUGUUUUGUCCCUUCUCUCUGACGAAGAGUAGGAUGGAUAAAAUAGAUUAUUUUUAUAUUAAAUUUAGCUGUUUGCUGAAUAAUGUAACGGUUCCUUUGAAGCCUUACUUGGAAAAUACUAACUGAAAGAUAUAAAUACUCUAAAUAAUUCAGAACCUUUUGACUUGUCUUUACAGAAUUACAUAUAAAUAUCCAUGUGCUACAUGAAAAAAUAGAAGUUAUGACAUCUAAAUAUAUUGUGGUUCAUUGGGUUCUUUCUGCCAAAAAAAAAUUAGAAUUGGGUAGUUCCUUUAAUUCUAUAACUCGGUUUCUCUUUCUUCAUCAUUUAAUGCCUUUUCAUUAUGAAUAUGCUUAAGAGAGUGGUAACUAUUAAUUUGUAAUUAUUUUUUAAUUGGAAGUGGGUUUUUUGCAUGAGUCAGCAAACUACACCCAUUGGCCAAGUCUGCCGUUUGCUUAUUUCUCUAACUACAGUUUUAUUAGAAUGCAGCCAGUCUUGGUUGUGUUGUCGUUGGGGCUGCUUUCAUGCUCCAACAGCAGAAUUAAGGAGUUGUGACGCAAACCAUAUGAUCCACAAAUACUAUCUGCCUCUUUACAGAAGAGAUUUGUUGACCCCAACUUCAUAAGAUGAUAUUUCCCCCCAUGCUUACAAUUUUUCCAGAACCCAGUUAUGAAUUACAUCAGUAUGAUGCUAUUGGGCGAUCCCCUGUUUGCACUGAAAGUAUGUUUUCAAUGUGUCUUGUAAUUGGAAUCAUACAGUUUGUGGCCUUUUUGAUCUGACUUCUCGUAGUUAACUUUUUUUGAAGUGUGUAAGGAAGUCUUUCCUCACAGAUCACAAAGGCAGUGUUUUCCUCUAUGUAAUUUUAUAUAUUAUCAUUUACUUACCUUCCAUGUUUGCAAAUUUUAACCCGUCAGGAGUCUCAAUUUUUAUAUUGUUUUAGGUAGCAGUUGAGUUUUUUCUCAAUAUAGUGAGCUACUUGUUUCAAUGCCAUCUAUUAACGAGUGUUUUUAAAUAAAUACAGGUAAAAUUUUUAUUGAGUGUAUUAAAUAUAUAAGCAUAGUUUAACUUUAGAUCAUGGCUGUUAAUAUUCUAUUCAGUAGUAUGGAAUAUCUCUUAAUCUAUUGUGUCUUCCUUAGGCCUGUUAAAAGGCUUGUAACCUUUUUUUCUGUAGGGAUCAGUGAAUACUUGGUUAACUAAUUCCUACAUAGCUUUUUGCUUUUGUGAGUGCUCUCUCAUUUUAUCAUAUUCUAUAAAUAUAAAUUGCAAAAUUAGAGUACCAUUGAUUUUUACAAAUUGAUCUUUUAUUUGGGCAUCUUGUACUCUCUGAUUAGUUUUAAGUUUAUUUAGUAGUUUUUCUAAGUGGACCAUGUAAUAGGUUGCAAAGAGUAACAAUCUUAUUCUUCUUUCAACAUGUUCCAUAUGUUAUUUCAUUUUCCUUUCUUAGAACGUUUACUAGGAUUUGCUCAAUACCUUAAAUGUAGUGGUAAGAGUAGAAAUACUUGUCAUAUUAUCUCUCACUAUAAAAAUGCUCAGAUAUUAUUAAGUAUAGUGGUUGUUCCAGGUUUAGGUCUCAAACAUAUAACAAUGGAAUACUUUUUUUCCAGAAUACCAAUUAGCACAUUCCCCAGAAGAUGUAGAUACUGCAUUUGACUGAUGAAUUUAUUCCUAGCCUUCAUUAGAAUCACUGGAGGAAUUUAGUGAAAUCUGGGCUUUAGCCCUAGAGUUUUUCAUUGAAUUGGUCUGCGUUAGGACCCCUCUAGCUGUGGACCCAACCUCAGAACAAUGAUCACCAAGCUCCUUAGUUUCUACUUUGCCCAGUCUUCUUGUAUAAUUGCAGAGGGGAAAUUCUGCAGUGUCUCUACCACCAUAUUUAUGGUGGGGAAGUAAUCGAGAAAAAAUUUCUAGUACUUAUCAAGUAAAAAACGUGCAGGAGGUGGAACAGCAGUCACAUUGCUUGUUUGGGGAAGGAAGCAAAGAAAGCAUGCUUUGGUAAGCUGAGGUGAACCAUAGGGAACUGAAGUGACAUUUUUGAUAGAAAAUGAGGAAAAAUACAAGUUUUUUUUUUUUUUGAGACGGAGUCUUGCUCUGUCGCCAUGGUGGAGUGCAGUGGCGCAAUCUCGGCUCACUGCAACCUCCGCCUCCUGGGUUCAAGCGAUUCUUCUGCCUCAGCCUCCCGAGCAGCUGGGACUACAGGCCCGUGCCACCACACCUAGCUAAUUUUUGUGUUUUUAGUAGAGACGGGGUUUCAUCAUGGCAAGGAUGGUCUCAAUCUCUUGACCUCAUGAUCCGCCGGCCUCCACCUCCCAAAGUGCUGGGAUUACAGGUGUGAGCCACCACGCAAAUACAGUUAUUUGUAACAUAGUUCACCUUUACUAUGUGUCUAAACCACUGGAAAACAUUGAUAUCACAGUUAUUAAAAGGAUUGGGGCCGGGCGCGGUGUCUCACGCAUGUAGUCCCAGCACUUUGGGAGGCCGAGGCGGGUGGACCAUGAGGUCAAGAGAUCGAGACCAUCCUGGUCAACAUGGUGAAACCCCGUCUCUACUAAAGAUACAAAAACUUAGCUGGGCAUGGUGGCGCGUGCCUGUAAUCCCAGGUACUCGGGAGGCUGAGUCAGGAGAAUUGCCUGAUCCCAGGAGGCGGAGGUUGCGGUGAGCCGAGAUCACGCCAUUGCACUCCAGCCUGGGUAACAAGAGCGAAACUCCGUCUCAAAAAAAAAAAAAAGGAUUGCUUGAAGAGGGAUGUCAGUGAACAAGUGUACUUAUUAAAAUGUGUAAUAUACUGCAAGUGUCAAUGUGCAGAUCCUCUGAGAGAAAGAACUUAUUUUUAAGAGCAAAUGUGUUCUUUGUUCUAAACAACAUUUCUUAGAAAAUACUUUUGAUCUACUUAGUGAGUUGGAAAAAUUUUGAGUUUAAAAAUCAACAAGAUACAUUCGAAAACACAACAGUAAAGUAAAAAGAAAGUUAAGUAGUAUAGAAACAUAGGAAACAUUUAUAUUUUAUUGUGUAAAUUUUAAUAUCAAUUAGCUUUUUAAUCAUAAAGGUCCGAGCAGUCAAUGUUGAGUUGCAUAAAAGGUUAAAGAAACAUUUUAAAUGUUUGCUAUACAGGUGCUUCCACUAAGAGAUUUAAAAAUAAUGUCUUUCUGCCAAAAACUCAUCCUGUAAUGAUUUUCACAAGGUAUCGGGUUUCCAAUAUUUCUCCUUUGGUGGCUCAUGUCUGAGUUUGCUGAUUAAUUAUGUACAAUUUUAAUCAUUUACUUUCUGCCCUGGAGAAGGAAACAGAAGACUUUGGGCAACUAACACUGUUUAGGAGCUAUGACAGUCUAUUUUAUAAAUUAAAGUAAUCACAUUCUACUUUUAGAUGAUUUGUGAUUUAUACUUGUAUAUUUUAUUUGUUUAUAAUAGUCUAUAGCCUAAAAAUUCACUUUAAUAUGUAUUAAAACUGCAACUCAUUUGCACCAACCUAACAGAUUAAUUAGUAAUGCUAGCUGCUGGUCAUGGAAUAAUGUAGAGCUCCCUAAACUCAGUGUAUUUUAUCUACCAGGAAUAUCUAAAUUAUUUACAGUUUAAUAUUAGCAAUUGUUUUCCUCUUCCUCUUCCCUCAGUACAGUGCUGCUUGUUUUCUGGAUCUAAGGAGAGUUGUUUUCCAUUGUCUAAGUAGUCAAAACAAUUGUUGUUGGAAAUAACCUCAUUUUAGCCAAUUGUCCAGAAGAAGUGUAUGACUUUAUUUCCUGAUACAGUCUAUGAGAGAGACACUAGUAAAACAGUGAUAGAGGGUAGCACAAGAAGAUCUUCAGUUCAAGUACAGUUAUGCUAGGACAACAGAGUCACACCAUGAGUUAGUUGGGCAAUGUCUCAUUGAAUGCAUAUAUAUUUUUUCUUGAAUAUAAAGCCUUACAAUCUCAUGCUCCAGCUGCCUACAUUCUAGUCUGAGUAAGAGCAUUCUCCUAUGAACACUUAGUAUGUUGUAAAACAAUAAAACAAGGCAAUCACUUUAACAGUUUGAGAAAUAUUUCAUUUUGGUAUUCACCUUCCUGGCACACAGCUUUAGAUUAUGAUUAGCAAUGUUUGUGAGACUUUAUUGGACAGAAUUUAAGGCAAACAAGCCUAUAGCUGGAGCUCAUUUUGUCUUUCUGUUUUUGUUUCUUCAAAUGGAAUAAUUUUUGACCUCAUUAAUUCCUGUUCUUUUCCAUUUAAUUAAUGUAGUACAUGUACUUUUGAAAGUUCUCCUGUAAUAUUUUCCUCCAUUUUAAUUGUAUCUUACCUUUUAUUAGUUAGGGAGGAUAUAAGCUAGGUAUUGGAAUGGAAAUAAAAUGUAAUUCCCAUGAUCUUUUUUAUUUAUGUAAGACAGGCAUGAUGUUUCAAUUCUGCCAGCUAAGGAGAAUAAAAGUUCUUAUUACUGAGAGUUGGAUUUCAAUUUCCUAAAAAUAUCACAUUCCUAAACUUUCCUGACAAAUUUCCCAUAUACUUUGACAAUGUCUGCAAUUCCUUAAGAGUAUGGGGUUGUGAUUUUGACAAGCCCCUUCAGGGACCAUUGGUUUUCCAGGUACCCUCAGCCAAAUCUAAUGGUAAUUGCUUGAGUAGUUAUCAUCACCUCAUUUGUUGAGAAACUUUACUUUCAUUAACAGUUGUGUAAAUAAAGCCAGAUAGUAUACAUUUCUUUUUCUUUUAGCAUGUUUAUUGGUUAACCUAACCUUCAGUCUGGCUAAAAUUGAACAAAAUAAUUUAUUUGUAUGGUCACUGAGUUUCUUUUUUAGAAUUCUGGAUAGAUACCCUAAUAUUUCUGGUUGAAUGGAGUUAGAAUUCUUGUUUUGACUACAACUGUAUUGUUUUCAUGAGAAUAUCCAUGUCUCUUCUCUCUUCAAUGACAUGUUAAUGGUGUGUGUGUGUGUGUGUGUGUGUGUGUGCGUGUGUGUUUUACUCAGUGUCUUGAGUCAGUUUAGGUUCUAACAUAUUUGGACUUAGACUGAAAACACUGACACUAGGUAUGAAAAUAUGGACUAUAAAUUUAAUAGCUUUAUCUUCAUCAUAUAAAUCUAUUUCAAUUUAAUACCAAUAAUACUGGUUUGUAUAUAAAUGUUCCUUAUAUCUUCCUAUUCACUUAAUUUUACAAUUUUAGGUUAACUGUUUAAAAAUACAUUUAUAGCAAACCAAGUUGUAAGAAGUAUUUAUCGGUAUCUAAAGUGAGCAACUAACUUGGCAAUGAAUAUGAAUGAUCUCUACUAAAAAUCCAAAAAUGUUAGCUGAGCGUGGGGGCACACACCUGUAGUCUCAGCUACUCAGGAGGUUGAGGCAGGAGAAUUGCUCAAACCCAGGAGGCUGAGAUUGCAGUGAGCUGAGAUCACGCCACUGCACUACAGCCUGGGUAACAGUGCGAGACUCUGUCCCAAAAAAAAUAAAGUCCUGAAAAGUCAUCAAGGGAAUUUACACUUGGCACAGUAGCUAGUAAGGAGGCUCUGGAGAUUGUCAAGUAGGACAAUGUAUUUUUAACCAAUUGAUAAUGAGAAUUACAGAAUGUACUUCCCUUAUAGCUUGUUAAAAAUAGUUUAGGCUGGCCACUUGUGGUGAUUCACGCCUAUAAUCCUAGCAGUUUGAGAGGCUGAGGUGGGUGGAUUGCCUGAGGUCAGGAGUUGGAGACCAGCUUGGCCAACAAGGUGAAACCCCAUCUCUAUUAAAAAUACAAAAAUUAGCUGGUGGUGGUGGUGGUGUGAGCCUGUAAUCUCAGCUACCUGGGAGGCUGAGGUGGGAGAAUCACUGGAACCUGGGAGGCAGAGGCUGCAGUGAGCUGAGAGCAUGGCACUGCACUCCAGCCUGGGUGACAGAACAAGACUCCAUCUUAAAAACAAUAACAACUUUAGGCUGUAGCAACAGUAUUAAAAAUCUUCAUGCAACUGUCUCCUAAUGCUGUCAAAAAGAGCCAUUUAAAUAUUUGUCAGUUGCAUCACCUUUAUUCUGAGACUGUACAAAUGAGAACAGGUUAAACUGGUGUAAUUAACAAAGACUGCUGAAAAAAAAAUCCACACAGGUCUGACUUUGUGUACCACCAGUGGUGUUAUAACAGUUAAGAGGUAACAAAUAAAGGAGCAGCCAUAAAAUGUUCAUGUUUAGAUAGAAUAUGAUCAGAGGAAUGCUGUCCUUUCAAAUAAGGAACCUUUAAUGUAGGCAUUUGGAGCUAUUUAAAUGAAGGAAGAGCUAAGACAAAGUUGUUAGAACUCCAUGGUCUUUUUCAACCUGAAGAUUUUGCAGGUUGAAAAGGGUUAUGAAAGGUUAUAGUACACCUAGCAAGACCUCUGGAGAACUGCAUCUGACCAGUUCUACCAACAUGAGCUAUGCCACCUUUUUAUAUUUGAGUGCUGAUAAUUUUUAUAACAACACUCUAACCGGGAGUGGAUGGGGUGGAAAGAGAAAGCAAGGGGGAAGAAAGGAAUUAUGAUGCUUUCAUAACCUCAUUCUAAAUAUCUUAUAAAGAAAAGACUGUUUUUGAGUUUGCAUUUGCAUGUGGCUUCCAUCUGACAAUGAACAUGUGAGAGUUAAUUAUUGACUUCUCCUCACGUGUGGUGGUUCCAUACAGACAUUGCUGCUGAAGCAUAUAUGGUCUUAUAUUAUUUUCCAGUGACAAGAGCAAUGUAUGGUAUUGACCUAGUUACUGGAACUGAUGAUAACUGAACAUAUUUUAUAGAUGUGGCUGUUUCCUCCCAGAUGGAAAAAUUUAAGUGUCUGGGUUUAGUUUGUGAGACGAAUGUAAAUAUAUCAAGCUUCUAGUAUUGUUGCUAGUUUGCUUGCUGUAUAAUCUAAACAGAUCAUUUAAUCUCUUAAUGUUUCUCCUUUAUCUUAUAAUCAUAAAUAAAAGCUUACAGAUGAUAUUAAUUUAAAAUGUCCACAAUGGUUGUUUUUUUCUUGGAGGAGUUUAGGAGAGAUGCAUAGAGAAAAAUUAUAAAUCUUAAAUUUAGAUGUGAAAGAGAAUAUGUAAGAAAAUAGACUUAUAAAAUUACUCUAAAGUGGCCUUCAUAGUCUAUUGUAUGUUAGGUUUUUAAAUGUAUUCUGCUAUAUUUUCCAUAAAUAAAAUUAAGGAAAUUAAUUAAACAUAAUUAAACAGUCUUUUAAUAAUAACCUCAAAAUGCAUUAUAUAUUUCUCAAUCACUAAAAUCCCAGCUAGGUUUAGUAGACUGCAAAAGCAGAGUGUAGACAAAUGUAUUUUGAAUAAUUUUCAAGAAAAAGAUCUGAAGUAAAAGUUUUUCUUAUACCGCUUUCAGGCCCAAUCCCUGGGAUGUCCUAUCCCUGGGAUGACUGGUCAACUGAAUGAUUACCCAUGGAGAAGAGUGUGGAUUAAGCUUAAUGGUGUGCACAUGUAGCUAGGCAAUUGUGUAGUAAUAUAUUAUAAGCAUCCAUGAGGGAACUUGGAGGCCGAUGAUCUGGUUUUGAUCUUGGCUCUGUGACCAGUUAGCAUGACUAUGGGCAGGUUACCUACAACUCUUUGGGCUUUGCUUUCCAUAUCUUUGAAACUGGAAUAAAAACAGCACUUUCCUUAGGGUUGCUGCAUUAAGUGUUAAACUCGUAAAGUGUCUGGCAAAAUGUAAGCUAAAGAAAUAGUAUCUGUGAUCAUUAUUAUUAGGAUAUGAAUGCAGAUCUUACCAGGAAGGUGAACCCGUAGUAUUUGAGAGGGUGUCCUAGGCCAACUUGUGAAGAGUGGGGAAAAUAAUCGAGGGCAGAGUCCUAAGGAAUCCAGCAUUUAAGGGACAAGUAGAGAAAUGAGGACAUGCUGAGAAGUAACCAUACUCAUAGGAAGAAAAUCAGACAAGUAUGAUAUUGUAGAAACAAAGGAAAAGAACAUAUCAAGAAAAAAGAAUCGGUUAACAUUACUAAAUACCACCCCUCAACCCCAAAAAGCAGUUUGUAACAUUUCAUACCUCCACAUGCCACCAUUAGGCUAUAUUUUUAUAGAUGAACUUCUCUGUCUAAUGUUCCUAUCUUAAAGGGUGAUUGGUGUUCUUAAAGUUGGCUGGUGCAGGGAAGACUAAUUUCCAAAGUUACCUAGUAAAAGAUAAAGCAUUUGCUUAAGUAGGAAAGUUGUAGCAAAGUAGGAAAGUGGUGACCUUUGACCAGAGCUGUUACAGUGUAGUUGUUAGGGAGAAACCAAAUGGCAGGAAGUAAUAGUCUAUGCGCUGGAAAAAUGACGGUAUUUGUGGAGGAGAGGAGGAAGGUAUGCAGCUGACAGGUGUGGAUCUGUGUUGUUUUAAGAUGGGAAAACAUGCUAAUGUUAAGGAGACAUUAAGAAGGUGGCAGUAUGGGUUAGAAAGGGUCUUGUGUAAUGAUAGCUAAUGGCUUAGGAUACAGAGCAUUGGUCAGUGGUGAGCCUGAAAGAGGGAGACUGCUGGGUUAUAACAGUGCAAGGAGACGAGUUUUGGUAACAACGAGUUGAAGAUUCUAAUGGCUAACAGUCUCUUUGAAACAGAGAUGUCCAUUUUAAGGAGAAAGAUACAAACUCAGUCUCCAGUAAGAAGUGUUAUACCACUAGGUAUUUUUGGAGUAAAAUUUGAUAGCAAUAGAGGCAAUCAAUCUAAUUGAAAACUAACAGAAAUUGGAUAUUAAAUAUAAUUCUACCCUGUAUUUAUACUGUUAGGUAUAUUCGAAGGAGCUAGGAUCUCUUAAGUAAUGAAAUAUUUCACAUGUAACAGAAGAAACUGGAACUCUGUUUAGUAGUGUUAAAUGAUUUAGAAGUUAGUCAAACUUCAAGAGAAAUUAAUGUAAUAUAACAAUUUAUAGAAAACACCAACAUGGUGAAGUUUUACCAGAUAGUUGUUUUUUCGUAUCUUUGCAUUUAUGCAUUGUCUUUUCUAUAGGGCCAUAUAACAUGUCUGUUCUGUAUAAAAAUUGGUUUAUCUUUGCUAGCAAAUCAUUUAUAAACAUAAAAUAGAAUGCUAAGUUUUUAAUAUCAGUUUGAUAAACUUUGGUAUUCAGAGGUUUUUUUUGUAGUUCAGAAGAUACUUGUCAUUAUAAAGAUUAAUAUUUGCUAGUUUUAAAAGGUCUUCCUUGAGGAUCUAUUGAAAUAUGAUAAAAAUGUAGUAUUUCUAGGACUAUACAAAGAUUUGCACUUUUCUCAUGCCUGAUACUGUACCAGUUAGGGGAAAGAGCUAAUUGCUUUUUGUUCUUUGCUUUGUAAACAAAGAGUUUACAAAAUGCAGUGGUUCAGACAAGAUAGAGGUUUAUUUUUCUAUUUAAUGACAGUCAAGGUAGACUGUCCAGGGCAGUUAGGAACUCUUCUUCAUGUAGUAGUGGCUCUCCCAAUUUUAUUAUUUUAUUUUUUUGGAGACAGUCUUGCUCUGUCCCCUAAGCUGGAUUCUAGUGUGAUCUCAGCUCACUGCAGCCUCUGCUUCCUGGGUUCAAGUGAUUCUCAUGCCUCCACCUCCCAAGAAGCUGGAAUUACAGGUGCUUGCCACCAUACCUGCCUAAUUUGUGUAUUUUUAGUAGAGACAAGAUUUUGCCAUGUUGGCCAGGCUGGUCUUGAACUCCUGACCAUAGGUGAUCCACCCCACUUAGCCUCCCAAAGUGCUGGGAUCACAUGUGUGAGCCACUGCACCUGGCUGCUCUCCCAGUUUUUAAUGCAUAACUUUCAAAGUCAUUGGUUGUAACCACCCUAAAUGGUGGUGAAAAGAACAGAAGCCUUGGCCACGGAUUUCCUCUUAGGCAAGUUAAACAGAAGUUGGUCACAUAUUUUAUGAAAAUCAGUUCAGUUUAUAGACAAUUGCAAAAGAAGUAUAGCUAAAAAGCAAAUAAAAACAAAACACACAAAGAAGUUGGUUACAUAAUUUUUCCUUGUAUUCUGUUGGCAAUGAGGGAUUAAUUACAUGACCACAGUUGUGCCAAAGGGGACUGGGAAACACAAUUCCUAGCCAGCAGUCAUGUCUCAACCAUGCUUUAUUGUUACGGAGAAAGGUGAAGAAAAGUCUUUAGCUGAUAGAUAACCAAUGCCAGCACGGACACUAUUGGAUGUAUAAGGAAAGGUAUACUGUUUUAAGAGUAUCUUUAUACCCAUUAAGAUAUUUUUGAAAAGUCAAAUUUAGGGUUGUCACAUUAAUAUUAUACUAGUUUACUGUGUGAUUGUAGAUUCAAUUACAAUAAAUGAAUUUCAUGCAACAUCUUUUAGUGCAAAAAAAACCUUAAAGGAGAGAAUACUAGUAUAAUAUUGUGUAAAAGGCCAGUGGGUGGAAAAUUUCCACCUGUCCCUGUUCUAUUAAUAUUUUCCAAUAUCUUUAGGUAUUUUCCUAAAGUAACUUUAUUCCAUUUAGAAAUUUCAGUAGAAAUUUAUUCUCAAAUAUCUACUACUCCAUAUUGUUUUUGGAAUUGGGGUUCCUACUCCCUAGAAACUUAGAAUUCAGAAGGGGGAAAUGUUUAUAAUGACAGUAAUGUAUAAUAUGUGAAAUAAAAGGGUGGUACAAAGGAAAAUGUUUUAGAGAAGGCCUCAAAAAUAAGUGAUUUCUACUCUGGGAUGUAACGAAUGAAUAGAAAUAUCUACAUUUACAGAAAGGGAAAUCAGAGUGACACAACAGGAAGCAAGUAUGGUAUGUUCAAGGGCUUGGAGAACCACAAAUUAAUUGAUUUAAGUAAAGUGAGGGACAGAGAUGUGGCAAAAUGUUAAGGUUUAUUUGGUGCUAUGCUGACAGUUCAGCAGGAUCUGUUUGGUGAUUUAAAACCCCUGGAAUAGUUGAAAGAAUUUUUGGGAUGUAUGUCUCUAGUCCCUUUUUUCUUAGCUUUUAAACAUAAAGUAUAUCAUUAUAAAAAAGCAAACUAGCUGAUUUAUUACCCUCAAAAUAUUAAAUUCAAAUUUUAGGGUACAGUAAUUUUUAUGCAAUGGUAAUAGCUCAAAAUAGUGAAAAAAUAGUAUGCCUUUCCUUCUAACCACAUAAAACUUUGGUCUGCAUUUUAAUAUGCAUUAUGUCCUACAUCUGUUUUUCUUAAAUAAUAAACAUAAAAAAAUAUAAACAGCAUCCAUUCUUUUUUAUAUUUUGAGAGGGGGUUUUGCUCUGUUACCCAGGAUGGUGUGCAGUGGCAUAAACGUGGCUCACUGUAGCCUUGACCUCCUAUGCUCAAGUGAUCCUCCUUCCUCAGUUUCUGUGUAACUAUUUUUUUCUUUUUGGUAGAGACUGGGUCUCUCUUAUGUAGGCAAGUUUUGAACUAUUAGGCUCCAAAGAUCUUCCUGCCUCAGCCUCCCAAAGUGCUGAGAUUAUAGGCAUGAGCCCCCACAACCAGCCUUUUUUAUUUUAUUUUUGUCUCCUCUUUCAAUUAGUCAAUAAAAUGAGUUUAAAGACUACAUUGUGUAACUUUUGUUACCAAAAGUUUGCUAAUACAGUGGUCUAAAAUAAACAUUCUGCUUUAUUCUAAGCCAUGUAAAACCAUGAAGUGAUUAUCACAUACCAUUUUGGAAAUGUUUCAGAAAUCCAAUAACAUUUUUAGAGGGAAGUUGUAGAUAAUAGGGUAGCCACUGAAGUGGGGGGAAUCAAACCAGAGAAUAAUGAGAUCAGAUUUGCUUUAUAGAAAGUUCCCUUUCAGAACAGCUUGGUGGAUGUUUUGGGAAGAUAUGGGAAUAGAAAGAAAUGCAAGCAAAAAGAAAGCAAGGUGAGAGAUGACUAGAGCUUGAGACUUGGCUGGGAUGAUGGGUAGGGACGCACAGGGUAGACUUCAGACAUAGUGGAAGAAUUGAUAGGUCUUCGAGUGUGAGGCCAAAGGAAGGGAGGAACCUGGAAUUACUCUGGUUCCAAGCUAGCUGUCUGCAUAGGUGGCAGUAAUGUCAAGUAGAAUGGGGACUGGGAGAGAGGGAGCAGCUAGAAUAGGGAGCUGGAACAUGUGUUUUGAUUUAGCAAUUUAAUAUUUCAUUAAUAUAAUUGCAAUAAUGUUCAGGAUGACUUGGUUUUACCCUAAUAAAUACGGACUUGUAGCAGAAUCAUAUUGUUUCCAUAUGAGAACCUUCUCCCAGCUCUCAGAUGUCCUUCCAGGUACUUUAACUCUAGUUGCUUAUCUUGCUCACUUUUGUCUUUCCAAAUCAGAGUAACAGAAAGCUUAUGAAUUUCAUUUCUCGGCUCUUUCGGGCAAAAAACAAAGUGCGGUAUUUGUGUUCUGAAAGAUUUCCCAAUGUCUCAAAAACAAGAAAUAAUUCUCCUUCUGAAAAUCUUCCUGCAACUUACUUCAAAGUCUUUGUUACCAAAGGAAUUAAGUUAAGGCCCUUUUUCAGGCCACUAGAUUGGGAGAAAAAAAAAAUAACCAAAACUGCAUAUCAUUGCUGCUAACAUACUCUGCUGUGUUAGGCAAAAGAUGUCACCUCUUUGGAGGUGUAUUUUGCUAUCUGUAUUAAAUCAAAAUUUCUUGGGGUUGUUGACUUGAUUUCGGGUGAUCUACAAGCCCCUUAAAAUAGUAUGAAAAAAUGUCUCUGCUAAUGCAAGUCCUUUCCACAACAGCAUCCACAGCUUUCAGCAGAUUCUUAGGAUUAUGGGACACCCAAAAAAGUUUUUUAAGAAAUGCUAUUAUGGUCAUUUCACAUGAAGACUGAAUUUCUUGCCAUCACUUCUGUAUUUUAGUGGAGGUAAAAAUAUUCACCAUAGCAUAGAAUGGGAUUUUCUUAGAUGUAGACCUAUUACUUUACAAAUUUGUUCAUAAGUUGUGCCUUGUCUUUUAGUUUUUCUCUGAUCUUCUGAGAUGACAUCAAUAAAAUUCCAGCAUCUGGUCUCUGUGGGAGAGGUAGGAGUAGGAGCAAAGUUACAGAGAGGCUGCCAGAGAAAUUCUGAGUGUGGUCAAAAUUUCUACCACCUGACUCUUAAGACUAGGAGCUUAUUUAGUUUUCUUCCCUUUACUCAUGAACACCACCAGAAAGGAUGUUAGCCCCUUGGCACAGCCCUUUGAGAAAGCUGCCAAUGUCUGUACCAGACACAAAAAUUGACUGCAAAGUACAAGUGUGGGCAAAACUUACCCAAGUCUUGUCUAAGAUAGAACAGUGACAGUUAUUAGCUAAAGCAAGUGAAAUAAAAUGAGCAUUGUCCCUAGAGCUAUUUUUAAGUCUGAACCUUGGCCAAUUACCAAAACAUACUUAUUUUUAAGAUUCUAUGUAGUUUAAUUAAAUGGCAUUUUUUUGGCUUUUGAAUAACUCAGUAAAUAUAUACGGGGUUUAGCUACAUUUGCGUUGGCUUAAUUUAAAAAAAAAAGAUGUAGUCCUCAUAAAAUGUAUAUAGCAUCUCUAUUAUGCUGCCCCUCCCCUUGACUUUCCCUUAUAAUUCUGCCAUGUCCUGGAUAGCAGUGCUUCUCAAGCUGAGACUAAGGAAUGCUUGUUUGUUAUAUUUGGAAGUUAACCUCUGUUUACUGUGUUUCUUUUAAGCAACUUGUACAGUUGACUCUUGAAUAAUGUGGGAACUGAAGUGCUGACCCACUGGAUAGUUAAAAAUCCACAUAAAACUUUGGACUCCCCCCACCCAAAACUUUACUACUAGUAGCAUUAUAUUAAAUGGAAACCUUAUUGGUAACACAAACAGUCCAUUAAUGCAUAUUUUGUAUAUGUGUCAAAUCCUGUAUUUUUACAAUAAUGUUAGGUUAAAGAGAAUAUUAUUAAGAAAAUCACAAGGAGGAGAAAAUAUAUAUAGUAUUCCUCAAGUGGAAGUGGAUCAUCAUAAAGGUGUUCAUCCUUAUCAUUUUCAUGCUGAGUAGGCAGAAAGGAGAGUUGGUCUGUGUCGGGUGGCAGAGGCGGAAAGAGAGGCAAGAGAGGUGAGUUCACACAGUGUAAGCUGUAUUGAAAAAAAUCCUUGGAUAAGUGGACCUCUGUAGUUAAAACUUAUAUUGUCCAAGAGAUAACUGUGAACAUGACCCAGCAGAGUUAAUGUCUGAACCAGUGUAUAGCCUGUUCAGUGACAUCAACCCACUGAUCACUUGCUUGAAUAUGGAGAGGGGGGAAUAUGAUUUGUAGAAAUUUUUGCACCUCUAAAAUAAGACAGUUAAUUUAUGUAGACUAUGACACUGAUAGCUGGCCCACAGCUGUAGAAAAAGAAAUAAAUAGAACAAUACGCAGUUAGUAGCAAUACUGAUAUACUCAAAGGUAAUGACUCAUCAUGAGGCCUGAUGUGGUGGUUGAUGCUUGUAAUCCCAGCACUUUGGGAGGCUGAGGCAGCGGAUCAUUUGAGGUCAGUAGUUCAAGACCAUCCUGACCAACAUGGGAAAACCCUAUCUCUAUUAAAAAAAAAAAAUUAGCUGGGCAUGAUGGUACAUGUCUGUUGUCCUAGCUACUCAGGAGGCUGAGGCAGGAGAAUUUCUUGAACCCAGUGGGUAGAGGUUGCAGUGAGCUGAGAUCACGGCACUGCACUCCAGACUCGGUGGUAGAGUGGCAUUCAGUCUAAAAAAAAAGAAACUCAUCUUGAAGAUUGUUAUUUUUAAAAGCAUUAAUAAAGGGUAACUAUUAAAAAGACUCAUGUUUUGUUAUACAGUCAACAGCAAGAGGAAAUCUAAUGUAAUUUUCAUUUCUUAUCUGGGAAAUCAGUCCAAGAAGAUAAUAAUUUAACGGUGAUUACUUAUAUAACUAAUACUUGGGGAUGCAUUUUUUUACUCUUACAUUAUAACAGUUUAAUUUUAUUACUCUGAGUAUUUAUACACUCUUCUCUAUACGCAUUUCCUCACAUUUAACAUAUAAUUCAUGAAGGAAAUCAAGUCCUUAAAAUUUACCCAGUGUUUCUUAUAAGUGGGAGUUGAACAAAGAGAACACAUGGACACAAAGAAGGGAACAACAGACAUCAAGGCCUGUUAGGGGGUUGGAAGUGGGAGAGGGAACUCAGAGGAUGGGUCAGUAGGUGCAGCAAACCACCAUGGCACAAGUAUACCUCUGUAACAAACCUGCACGUCCUGCACAUGUAUCCCAUGUUUUUCUUUAAGAAAUAAAAUUACCAGGUGUUCAAUAAAUGUGUUUAUAUUUAAAUUUAUUGAAACAAAAACUUUUGAUUCACAGUAAGGUAAGUGAAAUAGUCAUCCAAUAGAAGUCCCAAUAUAACAUUUUUAGACCCUCACUGGAGGGUAGUAACUGUUUUCUUGAGUAUAUUACAGGUCAAAUGGAAAGUUACUUUUUUUUUCUAUUAAAGUCAAGUUUAUAUAACUUACAAAUUCAUAUAAAGUAUAUUUUAUACUAUCUGUACACAUUUAAUGUACAUCAAACUAACAUCUCAUAUAUUUGUUAUUUUAAAUUUAUUUCCAGUUGUAUCUUGAUUAUAAAAUACUUAGCUACUUAUAUAUAAAAUGCUAAAAUGACAUGGUCUCAGAUUUCCAUCAGAUUUUAUUACACUUUUCAAAUGCAGAGCAUCUUUUGUUUUAUUACCACAUUCACAUUGAUUAUAUAUAAUCAUCCUCUAUUUGUGGUGGUAUAAAAAUUAUUUAUGGAGAAAUGGAGCAUAGGUUCUUUGCCAUUUUGAAUUUCUUCAGAAUCUGAAGAAUUUCUGAAUAUUUGAAGAAUAUGUUGUUCAACUUGGUUAAAAUUUUAAUUUCAUGAAAUUUUGGAGGUUUUAUUUGUGUACUAUGUUUUCAGUCAGGAGUAACCUUAUUGUGUAUAAUUUGCACAUAGUUUUAACCCAAGACAUGAUAGUAUAUUGUAACUUCCUACAAUACUUACCUGUAUUUUUCUAGAAAAAUUACUUUGAACAUGUUUUAUGUUACACUUUUCUUAAAAUAGAGUCUUAAAAAAUAACCUAAUUAAUAUAUGGUAAAUUAGAAGAUCAGACAAUGUGUAUAGUAUUGUUUCAAAAGUAUAUACAUGAAUGUAAAUACGUAAAUAGAAAACAUGGAAGAAAUACACUUCAAAAUGUUUUGGAAUAAGAUAAUUUUAUUAUGUUUUAAUAUAUUUUAAAAUGUUUUUCUACCCAUCUCGAUGAAUUUUUUUGGGAUUAAGAAUAUAUAUAAUCAUUGGGAUAGGCAUAGUAACUAUAGUGAUAUCUUCUGACUGUUGCAAGGAACAGGCAAGAUAGUAUUUCUACUCCUCUGUGAGCAGAGUGCCUUUGUUUACUAUUGAUAGAAGUAGCAAAUCCUCACAACCUACAUUUCCUUUACAUGACUAUCUCAGUUUUGAGACUGAGGGCAGUUUUGAGUAAGUACUUUUUCUGAGAAGACUCCUUUUUUAAGGUAACUGAAUAGAUUUUGCUAAAUUGAUGGUUUCAGGUAAUGGUGUGUAGUUUGAAGCUCCUUUGUCAUUACUUGAAAUAUUAUCUGCCUUGGAAGAGGCAACACAUUAAUGAAUAAUGAUUUAUUAUCUUUGACUCAUUUAGUCAUUGAGGUACAUUGUUCCCACCUCAUUUAUAUUGUCUAAUUUUAUCGGGCUACCAGUGAAUCCUACUGGUGUGUUAACAAAAUUCUGACCAAGAAACUAUUUGAUUUUUUAAUUAGAGACUGCAAAACAGGCAUGCUAUGUUGAAUGUGUCCUCCAAAAAGCCUGUACUGGGAACUUAAUUUUCAAUGCAACAAUGUUGGGAGGUGGAGCCUAAUGAUAGAUGAUUAGUCCACGAAGGCCCUCCCUUAUGAAUGGAUUAAUGCCAUUUGCCAGACUGGGUUUAUUAUCAUGGGAGUGUGUUUCUUAUAAAAAGGUCUAGUUUGGUAUUUCACUCGGUCACUUACCCUCCUGCCAUAGGAUGACACAGUAGAAAGACCUUUGCCAGUUGCUGGAACCUCGAUUCUGAACUUCCCAGCCUCUAGGACUGAAAUAAUUUUUUCUUUAUAAACCACCCAGUCUCUGGCAUUCUGUUAAGCAGCACACAAUGGACUAAGAAAAGGCACCUUUCACAUUUUCUUUAGCAGAUGGUGUUCAUUCAGGAAACGUUGCUGACUGACAGGUUUAACUCUUACUCAUUUCUCUUCUUGUGCGGUGGUACUGUUUCAAAAUUCUAAAACUAGCAAAAUAACAUGGAUUUCCUGUUUUAUAUCAUGUUUUUGAUGUGAGAUGAAAACAAUCAUUAAAAAGCCAUGCUUCGUAUUUUCAAAGUGUCAUGGGUUUCUUUCAAUUUCAUUCCUAACAUUUAGCAUCCUCAAAAUGAUUAUUUAUCCCAGAAUAUCUUUAAUAUCCUGCAAUUCAUAGCAAUUUGGUUAAUGUUGGGGAUAGCUAUCCUUCUUAAUAAAACAGGGAACUUUAUAUUUUAAUAGUUAAAAUAAAUUUUAAAAACUAGAAAGAAUGUUGCUGAUUAUUCUUAUAUUGAGGAAAAAUAAAACUAAUAAAUUCUAUUCCCGUAAAUAUUGUUAUAGUUUUUGAUAAAUCUAACAUUAUUACAAAGGCAUUUUGCUCAUUUAAAAUCUUCAAUUAUAAGAAUAAAAGGUUAAGUAAUGAUUUUACAAAAAUACUAUGACUAUUUAAAGUGAGAAAUACCAGUUUAAUUGUACACAAAAUGUCUCAAUGAGGUUAAAAAAUAAGCUGUAUCUGUAAGGACGUAAAUGAUAGUUUCUUUCUUUACUUUUUUUUUUUUAACUCUUGAUUUUUUCACCCAGGCUGGAGUGCAGUGGCAUGAUCUUGGCUCACUGCAGCCUCCGCCUCCUGGGAUCAAGCACUUCUCCUGCCUCUGCCUCCCGAGUAGCUGGGACUACAGGCACAUGUUGCCACACCUGGCUAAUUUUUUGUAUUUUAGUAGAGAACAGGGUUUUACCCUGUUGCUCAGGCUGGUGGUGAAUUCCUGAACUCAGGCAGUCUGCCUGCCUCGGCCUCCCAAAGUGCUGGGAUUAUAGGUGUGAGUCAUUGUGCCCAGCCAAUAGUUUCUAUUAAUUAUAUAGAUGUAGUUAGAACUCAACUGUAACUUUCAUGAAUCAACUUCCUAGUUACCUUCAGAAUUUAAUUUAGAGGGAUGCUACAUAAUAUUUCUUUAAAUAUAAGUGAUACUAUGUUUGAAUACCAAUUUUGUAGAAAUGGUACAAGAUAAUGGGCUCGAUUCGUUCCAUGUUUGCAAUGUAUAGUGUUAUAUAGAUAGUGUUAUGUAUAGUGUUAUAAUUUCUCAAACCCUAAUGAGAAAUUAAUGGUCAUGGCGGAAAAAGGAUAUAUGCAUGUUUCCUAUUCUUUCCCUCUAUAAUGCUGUUCUGGAUAGUGCAUUCUGUAAUACUAUCCUGGACUUGGUCUGUCUUUCCUUGCUGUGGCAGGAUAGAGUGAAAAUGUUUCAGCGUUUCAAAUCUGUUACACAUGAACGUGACCAAGAGGAGCCAAAACUGGCUACUCAUAGCUCUUCUGAAAAGUAUUUUAAAAUACAGACUCCUGGGAUCCAUAGAAUCGGAGUCAACCUGGUUCCUUCCAAAGCACUAAUAACUUGGCUUAUGGUGACUUGGUAAAACAAACCAUAUGUAUAUUCGUAGUACCCUACUUUUACUUUGUAAUCACAUUCUACAUAUAUGUAUUGGCUAAGAUCAUGAGUAUUUUGUUGUUGGUAAAGACAAUAAAUUCAAUGAAAAUAUGAAUUGUACUUUCAGAGUAGAAAACGUAUUUUUCCUAAGUUUUCGUGGAGGUUUUAUACAUUGUUUUUCAUUUUUAGUUGGUACAUAAUGUACAUUUUUGUCAGAGUAAUAUUUUGGUACACAUAUAGAAUAUGUAAAGAUAAAACCAGGGUAAUUAUUGGCAUAUCCAUCAGCUCAAUCAUUUAUUUCUUUGUGUUAGGAACACUUAAAAUCCACCUUUCUAACUUAAUAAAUAUAUGCAAAAAUUAUAAUAGAUAAUGCAUUCCAUAAUAUUAUCACAGACUUGGUCUGUUCAAUGCACAUUGGAAACAGGAGGAAAUCAAGGCCAUUAUCUUGUAUCAUUAUUUUGAAUGCUACAAAAUUUAGCAUUCAAGCAUAGUAUCACUUAUAUUUAAGUGCUAUAGAAUGCACUCUCCCGUCUAGCUGUAAUUUUCUAUCUAUUAACCUUUUCUCUGUUUUCUCCUGCCCACCACUACCUUUCCCAGUCUCUAAUAACCAAAAUUCUACCAUCUACUUACAUCAGCUCAUUUGUUUAAGCUCUUAUUUGUGAGUGACAGCAUGUACUAUUUCUUUUUUGUGCUUCACUUAUUUCAUUUAAUGUCUUGAGGUUCAUCCAUGAUUCUGAAAAAUGACAGGAUUUCAGUGUUUUUUAAAGACUGAAUAGUAUUUCAUUGUGUGUACAUACCACAUUUUCUUUAUCCAUUCAUCUGUUGAUGGACAUUUAGGUUAUUUUCAUGUAUUUGCUGUUGUGAAUAGUGUUGCAUUAAACAUGCGGGGGCUAGAUAUCUAACAAUACUGAUUUCCUUUCCUUUGGAAAAAUAGUAGUGCAGUUGCUGGUUCAUAUCACAGUUGGAUUUUUGAUUUCUUGAGAAAUUGGAGGUUGCACUUUUAAGAGGAAAAGAAAGUUAUGUAUAACUAUGCUGAAAUUAUUUAAUGUAUAUGUAUAAUAUGUGUACAUGUUUGUUUAUAUGUACAAGCAUUUUUAACAUGCUAUACAAGAAAUUACAUUGGGGCAGAUAAAGUAUGUUUAUAAAUAAUAGCUAUAUGAGGCUGUUUAAAUAGGGACAGACAAUAUUGAGGCCUGGAAGAGACUGAUCAUUUUAGUUUGAGGUGAUUGAGAAAUACUUCAUGGAAUAGAUUUCAACAUCAAAUUUGUUAAGACUGAAAAAUGUGAAAUACCACAAAUUCUAAGAAUGAGGGUGGGAACCAAAUUAUUAUUGUAUUAAUAAAGAGGAUGAAAAGUCUGACACAUAGUUGGUACUAAAAUAUUUGUAAAAUAUGGAUGAAUGUCAAAUUUUAUAGGAGGUUUGUUAAGCAAGUCAAAAUGCAAAUGAUAGAAUGCUUGGGAUACCUGUUAUGCCUUUAUUCUGUAAAUAAAUAUGUUUUGAAUCUGUAGUAUGUGCCAAGACCUUGUGAUAGGCACCAAAAAUUUCAGACAUGCUUUAUUUCUCCAAGAGCUUAGAGUACAGCUUAAUUUAGGUAGCAAAACAUUUAUUUUCAAAUUUUUCUUAAAAGAGAGGAAUUUCGUUUACUUGAACUCAUUGAUUUUGUUAAAUAAGUUCUUUUUACUUAUUAAAGAUAAGUAAGUGCAUUAACAACAUCAGUUAUAAGAAGACUAUGCUUUGUAGAGACAUCCAACAAAGAAUGUGUUUGUGAUCGGGAAGUUCAACUGAGUGGUAUUGUAACCACACAUAAUUAUAUCAGGCUACUGAUAGGAGGUUUGAUUUUUGGGGGUGAAUUUGUGGGAAGAUAGAGAAGGGAUAGAAGUAAAACAUGUGGCCUGCAUCAGGGAAAUGCUUUCCUUGAAACCAGGGAUUCUGCCUCUUUGAAAGGUAAGGUGAGUUCUCAUGCUGCUUAUAAAAACAUACCCAGUUUAAUGUUUCCUCAAGAUAGGUUUUAGCGCAAGCUAGUAUUCUGCGUGUUUGUAAAAAUGAUUCAACACCUGCAGCUGGUGAAUUAGGAAUUGUAUUUGUUGCCUUUUUUAUAUUAGAUGAGGUGCAAAAAUUUUAAUGCUAGUCAGUAUGCACCACCACGGGAAAGUUAGUUCUCCUUAGCAUUUGAAACUACAGUUUUGGAAACUUAGGCUAAGCUCAUUUGGGUUUGUUAUUUGUUCGCCCACUAACGUCUUCUUUUGUUGGAAGUGCUUAUCAGCAUAAUGAGCUAAGUGUCAUGCAUAUUUGUGAAGAAACGUCCCUUUUGGGAAGGAGAGGUACUCCUUGAUCUUUAUGAAUCACAGGUUACUGUUUUGCCUUAUUGCUUAACUUAAUGUAGUGAAAUCAGACAAAGCUUGAAAAAAAACAUACCCAAGACUGGGUAAUUGCCAAAGAAAGAAGUUUAAUGGACUCACAGUUCUGCAGGUCUGGGGAGACCUCACAAUCAUGGCAGAAGACAAAGGAAGAGCAAAGGCACAUUUUACAUGGCGGCAGGCAGGCAAGAGAGGUUGUGCGGGGGAAAUCCCAUUUUGAAAGCUAUCAGGUAUUUUUCACUUUCAACCUGAAAAUGAGUUACUAAGUGAGUUUCUUGCAGGCACCAUAGGGUUGUAGCUUAUUUUUUAAAUCUCUGUAGCCACUAUGUGUCUUUUGAUUAGAAAAUUUAAUCUCUUUAAAUUUAAAGUUGUGUAGUCUGGUAGGAAAUUAGUACUAUGAUUUGUUGAUUGUGUAACUUGCUUUGUAAUUCCUUUGUUCCUCUCUCCAUGACUUGUCUUCCUUCAGGAUCCUGGUGAGUUUUUAUAGUGGUAUGUUUGCUUUCCUUUCUCUUUCUCUUUUGUUUAUCUAUUAUACAUUUUAUCUUUGUGUGUACCAUGAAGCUUACGUAAAACCAUGAGGUUUACAUCUUCUAACAGUCUCUUUUAAGGUAACAUUUAGCUCUGAAUUAAUAUGGAAGUUCUACACUUCUUUCCUCAUGCAUUUUAGGUUAUUGAUGUUACUGUUUAUACCUUUUUUAUAUUGUAUCCAUUAACAAAUUAUUAUAGUCUGAAUUUUAACACUUUUAUUUUUAACUGUAUACUACAGUUGAAAGUGAUUUGUGUAGACCAUUACAAAAUUAUUGAGUUUGAUUACAUAUUUAUCUUUACCUGGAGGUUUUAUGGUUUCAUUUGUUUUCAUCUUGCUCCUUUUUGUUGCAACUUGGAGAACUCCCUUCACCAUUUCUUGUCAAGCAGGUCUAGUAGUAAUGAACUUCUUCAGCUUUUAUUUCUCUGGGAAGCCUUCAUCUCUCCACUCUUGAAUGACAUAUUUGAUGGAUAUAAUAUUUUUGGCUAGUAGGGGGUUUUUGUUUAAGGUUUUUACACUUAUUUUCUCAGUACUUCAAUUUUAUUUUCCAAUUUUCUCUUGGCUUGCAAGGUUUCUGCUGAGAAAUCCAGUCAUAGUCAUAUGGAUGUUCAUUUAUAUUUAACAACCCACUUUUCUCUUGCUGCUUUCUAAAUUCUCUCAUUAUCUUUGACUUCUGACAAUUUGAUUGUAAUGUGACUUGGUAAAGACCUCUUAAUUCCAUCUACUUGAGGUUCUUUGUACAUUGUGGACAUGAAUGUUCAAUUCCCUUCCCAGAUACUGUCUUUCUGUCAUUAUUUCUUUGCAAAAGCUUAUUACCAUUUCUCAUUCUCUGCUGCCUUUGGUACUCCCCUAAUGAAUAUGUUGCUUAAUUUGAUGGUGUUUCUUUAAUCAAAUUGGCUUUUUUCCCCAUCUUUUUCAUUCUUUUUUUUCCUCUGAGUAAUUUUAAAUGACUUGUCUUUGAGCUCACUGAUUAUUUCUUCUGCUUCAGUCUGCUGUUAAACAUCUCUGAAUUUAUUUUAGGGAUUAUAUUCUUCAGCUCCAGGGUUUCUGUUUUUUUCUUUUUAAGGGUUUUUAUUUAUAAGUUGAACUUCUAAUUCUCCUCAUACAUUGUUUUCCUGAUUUUGUUAAGUAGUUUAUCCACAUUCUCUUGUAGCUUAUUGAGCUUUUAAAAGAUUUUGAAUUAUUUGUCAAGCCAUUCACAAUUUUUUAUUUUCUUGGUUAUUGCAGAUUUAUUAGUUUCUUUUGAUGGUGUCGUAUUUACCUCAUUCUUCAUAAUCUGUAUAACCUUGCAUUUGUGCUUGUGCUUUUGAAAGAGAUGACUCCUCUUUCAUUUUUUAUAGACUCUUUUCAGCAAGCAUAGACCUUCUCUAACCUUGAUAGGACUGCCUCUGGAAUUGUAUUUGGGUGAAAUGGAGAGGGGUCCUAUGGUUGUGUCAAGUUCCUCAUUCAUAUCUGCAGUUGGCAGGCCUAUUACUAGGGUCACAGGUAAGUGUAGCUUAUUUCAGAUUUCUGAGUAUGUUUCUGCCAUGGCAUGUCCCUAACAAGGUAGAAUUGAUUCCAGAUUAUGGUAGAACAGGGAUGUAACCUAGGUUACAGUGCUGCUUCAGUGACAGCAGUCAGGUCUGAGGUUGGCAGACCAAUUCCUGGGACACUUACGGUUUUGACCCCUGCUAUAUACCUGGAUGGGUAGGACUGCGUCCUGGCCAAGGUAAGGCUGGAGACUUGUGCUGCUUCAGAGGUUGAAGUUGGAUCUCAGAUGGGCACAUCUGUUACCUGGAAUGCCUAUAGGUAUGACUUCUUUCAGGUCCUUUGGGCAUGUCUCUAGGCAGGCAGAACUGCCAUUGGGCUGAAGUAGAAUGGAGCUUUAAGUUAGGUCACUGUACUGCUUCAGGAACCUCAGUUGGAUCUAAGGUUGUCAGGCCCUGUUACUGCAGGUAUGAAUGGGCAUGGCUCAUCCCUGGAUUUUUGGUGGAAGAGGCUCUUGGCAGGACUGUGGAAGAGUGGGGCUGGAACCUGCUCCAUACAAGAACAACAUUGUAUGUAUGUUCAUUCUAUUCUGAAGCUGGUGUCAAGGUCUAUGGGCUUGUCAUUAGUGUAUAAGCCAGUCUUCUGAAAGCAGUCCUCCUGGGUCUUUGGAUCCACUAGGAUUUUAUGCCUUCUGCCUGAAUCCUAAAGCUUUCACAUAGGCACUUUUGUCUGUGGAUAGCUGCCAAAUAUUUGUUGUUGUGGAGGGAUUCAGUGUGAGGACCUCUUGUUCCCCCAUCUUGCUAAUAUACCCUGUAAAAUGAUCUGGAUUCUAAUUAUGAUUUUCUGACAUUACCCACCUCUCUCUUUUCUUCUUGUUCUUUUGUUGGGAUCAGUAUAGUUCAGGUGAUGCUUUCUACUUGGAAGGACAGCUGCCAUCGUAUUCCAGGUGGUACCCCUCUAGAAAUGUAUUUUCUGAAAAAUCCUCUGCAUUUUACAGUUUAAACAUCUGACUGUAUCUUCUUAUUCCAUUGCUUUUUCCAUUGCUAAUGUUUGUGCUACCAUUAAGAGAGAGUGAUACAUGGUACACUAGUGCUUUGUAUGUAACUACAGAAACCAAUAGCUCCAUCAUUCCUUUGUCAGAGAGUAAUAGACUUUAUUACUAUUUCUUCAGUCAGAAUUAGAUGUCCAGCAUUUUAGGGUUCCUUUGGGGAAUGAGUAGCAGUUGUAUAUGCAGUGACCUUGUUGGUGCCUCAUUUUAGGUGAUCAUAAACUGGUCCCUAAGGAUACUUACUAUGUACUUACCCCUGCUUUAAAUAAAUCUUGUACUUUACAGGUUGCACUGCCUCCCUUUCUUUGCCCUGGAUUUUCACUGACUUUAAUCUUGAAAUUGUGUCAAAGAAGAUUUUUAUUCCUUGGAUGUCUUGUGAUAAACCUUCCCUGAAUGGUGGAAAUGUUUACCUUGUAAAUACCCAGAAACUUACAGUUUCAUCUCUUGUACUCUCUCAAGUGCUUCACUCCUAGAGAGGGAAAUUGUCUGCAGAUGAGGUUUUCUGUUUUUGUUUUAUUUCUGAGGUGUGGUAAUAAUGGUAAUUGUGGUAAUGAUUGUGAUGCAGACUUUGUGUACUGCCUACUCUGUGCCAGGAACCAUUAUUGGUACCUUGUUUGCAAUAACUUAGCCAAAUACAAGACUUGAAAAUAUAUUUUUCUUUUUCCAACAUUGUCAGCUGAGAGCUUUAAAUAUAGUAAAAAACCGUCAACUUUACCUAGUUGCAAAUCUUUACUAUAAUUAUCUUGUUCUUGAUAUAUUUUAGGCCUUUAUUAUUCACCUUGAAAUCAUCUUGGUGAGAUGUUAUUGCAAACUUUACUUGGACAUGAAGAAAGCAAGUUAUAGGUGCACUAGCAUUAAGAUUCAUGACUUUGUGCCGGUUAUUUUACAAUGCAUUAAUGUUCUAAAAAUACAGAAUUGCUUAAUACCUCAUUAAAAUUUAACACAGGAUAGAAUUGUGAAUUAUAUAUUAUUCUCGAGGGGAGAAUUAUUACAGAUCUAUACUACAGUUUAGAUGUUGCAUUUUAAGUAAGCUAUGAAACUAUCCAGAUAAAUUUAAAAUAAUAGUGUGUGAAUACAAACCUAGGAAAACCCUUAUCACAGAUUUUAAAGAAGUGAAAACUACUUUGGAAGAUCUACUUGACCAAGAAUAACUGAACAUCUAAAAGUUUUAUCAGCAUUUAUAUUCAAAUCACCAAGCAACUCAAAUUGUAAAGUUUUUCUCUUCCUGAAGAAUCUCUUUAAUACAACAAUAUAGAACUUUAUCCAUGAAAGAAGAAACUGUUUCACAUUUAGUGGGGUUCAUUAUUUAAAUUAAUAUACAAGGUAGGUGGGAGGAGAGAGGAGCAGAAAAAAAUAACUGUUGAGUACUAUGCUUAGUACCUGGGUGAUGAAAUAACAUUCACAAACCUCCACGUCAAGAGUUUCCCUAUGUAACAAAGCUGCACAUGUACCCCGAACCUAAAAUAGAAGCUUAAAAAAAAAAAAAAGAAAAUUCUUUUGCUUUAGCUCAGAUGUGGAAGCCAGCCUGUAGCUGUGGUAGAGCUCUUAGACACCCGUUAAUAUUUAUUCUCAUUUAUGGCUCUCAGGUAACAGAACUUUGUGGCUUCUACUUCCCUCAGUGUUAGCUAUGCUUUUUGAUUCAGAUUCUAUUCAUGUGUACAUAUGAUGUCUACAGUUUCUUGGUUGUUUUCCUAAAGAGAAAGGUAAUUUUCCUUCCCCUCUCCAUAUUUUCUUUCA